AUGUUGGAGGAAUUCUCUACCAGCAACACAGACGGGACUGAGACACGUGCCGAGAAGAUAGAUCAUGGGACUGUGAGGCCCAGGAACCCACAUAGGGACCAGCAGAGAGUUCAAGUUAAAUUACACUCUGGUGACACAGAUGCACCGCCACCGCCAUCACCACCGGAUAAACACUCCAGCAAUGGCUGCCGUGCAGUGGAGUCUCUGGAUGCUGGAUCGAGGCAGAGAGAGUGUGUGACUGUGCGGCCUGCCAGUAAACCUUCAGGCUGCUGCUAUGGCGUAAGCCGCAGGAAGGGCCUUGUGCCUUGUGGACUGUGCUGCAGCCAAAGCAAACCGAUCACAGUAGUCUGCAGUGAUCCUGACAGUAACACGCCAGUCCAGAGAGCAGGGAUCUCACCUCAGACGUACACAGCGGAUAAAACAGGAUAUGUUACACAGAGCAUUGUGGGUACUGUAGUACAUCAUGGUACAGAUGUACGCAGGAGUGUCAUGGAGUUGGAGUCGCAGGAGUUGUCUCCUCUGUGUAAUGCAAGGACACUACCAGGUGGGGGCAAGAACUGGUUUCAGGGCUUGCUCUACUCUGGUACCUCCUUAAGUGAUAAUAGAGUAAAGGAUGCUGUAAGAGCCAAAGUGUCAGGCUCAGCAUCCUCAGUCCCAUCUUCCCCCAUAAGAGUCACUACGGGCAGCUUCGCCUUCUGUCUCGUAGAGGAGAUGACAUCAUCAACAGUCGCCGACACCAGCUGUGCCCACGGACUCAGAGAUGGGCACAUCAUCCCAGGGGGCAAAGCCAAAACGCAAAGGUGCUCUACAAUGGCGCUCCUUCCCACCAGCCCUCCUAAAAGCCCCACGUCUUUAAAGAUGGCCUCAGACAAUGGGGUAGGAUUUGACUGCGAGACUGAGGAUGACUUUGUAUAUAAUAAGCGGGAGCGUUCGACGGUCCUGGUCCGUAGGUUCUUGAGGGAUAACCAGAGGGUGAAGAAGUCUGUGUGUACAGGAACUAGGGCUAUCAUCAGGACAUUACCCUCGUGGAGGAUCAAUGAGGAGGUGUGGGACGCUGUCUGCAGAAGGGACCAUUUCUUUGGGCCUAGUAAAUACAGUCGCUUGAGUGGAUACAGUGGACACAGUUCAACCUCUCAGAGUCUACAUCUGCAAGCGUGUAAACCUCUCCUUGGAAAAAAAGACAUAUUUUUUGAGGUAAGAACAAACACACAGCAUUCAUGGUUCCAUUGAGCAAAACGGUGUCACUUUUAGUUUAAAAUCUAAUUUGGAAAAGCCCUAGACUACACUGGACUGUGAAAACCCCUGCUACAGUAUGUAAUAGUUACUACAUACAGAGAGCAGUGUGAGCCAAAACUCACAGAGCUGCAGGGGAAAUGGGGGUUGGGGCAGCUGGGUAGGAGAGCAGAGGGGAGGGGUGGUUAAGUUAAGUAGAACACUAGAGGCCUGUAUUAUAGAGGGUGCGUCUCAAAAGCACCUCAUUCCAUAUAGUGCAUUACUUUUCAACAAAGCUUUAUGGUCAAAAGUAGUGCACUAUAUAGGGAAUAGGGUGUCAUUUGAGAUGCAGCAAGAGGGUCUGGGAUUGCUGCUCUGCUCCAGUGGGUACACACCCAAUGGAAAAGUUAGGCUACACCAUUACAUCACAAUCACUUGGCAGAUGGUUACAGUCUCAACCAUGAGAAACAAAUAAAGUCAAUGGAAAACAAAGCACACACCCUCCAGAGUUUGUUUUUAAGGUGCUGCCGAGUCAAAAACAACAAGCUUCAGGGGAAAUGAAAGGAAUAACCUACAUACUUAGCCUACUUAUUGGUCCAUACUGUGUUAAUGGUUUGGCUGGUAGACCCAGAGCAGGUCAAAGCAUUCAUAGCCUGUAUGGAAAGAAGAACCGCUGAGAUUAGGAUGAUUAGAGAGAACUGGUGAUGGUGAUGUCUGUAUUGAUUUCGAAUACAUUUAUUUUUCCAGAACCAUAAUGGAAAUAUUUUGUUUUUAUCCUCAAUAAUUGUGUAUGUAUGUAAAGUUAAUAUAACACAAUAAAUAGUUUAUGAGUACAUUCAUAAAGAGGGUGAUGAGGAGUGGCAUAAACGCAGAUGGGUUAUGGUGCUUUAAAGUGGCAAUCUGAGAUAGAAACAAUCUGCAGACCUCAUUCAGUACUAAUUCUGCAGCGGCAAUAGACUCUACCCUGCAGGUAACAAUACAGGGGAUUAUACUGCCACCUAGUGGUAAGAUACAUAUUGGUAUGCUCACUCGAACCCUUGGAACAGAGAAGUGUCCAAUCUUAUCUGGAAAACACUGCUGUUUGCUCCAGUCAAAGCAAUAACACAACUGAUUCAACUUAUCAAUAAAUAAUAGUCUGCAAUCAAUACUUUAUUAGUUGAAUUUGGGCAAUAACGUUUCAAUCUAAUUCUGGUAAAUUAAUUGCACUCCUUUGAAAAUAAAUUAUAUGGCUGAUUUAAAUCAAAUCAAAUCAAAUUGUAUUUGCUACAUGCGCCGAAUACAACAGGUGUAGACAUUACCAUGAAAUGCUUACUUACAGCCCUUAACCAAAAAUGCAUUUAUUUUUUAAUAAAAAAGUACAAUAAAACAACAACAACAAAAAAGUGUUGAGAAAAAAAGAGCAGAAGUAAAAUAUAAUAACAGUAGGGAGGCUAUAUACAAGGGAGUACCGGUGCAGAGUCAAUGUGCGGGGGAACCAGCUAGUUGAGGUAGUUGAGGUAAUAUGUACAUGUACAUGUGGGUAGAGAUUUAACUGGCAGCCAUGGAAAUUGAAUUAACUCCAACUAUUUUUAUACAAUAGGUAUUUGUACCGGAGGAGGCUGGUAGGAGGAGCUAUAGGAGGACGGGCUCAUUAUAAUGGCUGGAAUGGAAUAGAUGGAACGGAGUCAAACAUGUGGUUUCCAUAUGUUUGAUGUGUUUGAUACGGUUCCAUUAAUUCCAUUCCAGCCAUUAUAAUGAGCCUGCCCUCCUAUAGCUCCUCCCACCAGCUUCCACUGAUUUGUACUAAACCACCAUGGUCUCAGCAGAAAAUAAGACUUUAAGAUCCUUGUUAAGUCGUUUCUGUAGAAAAUAAUGCCAGAAUCUGUGUCAGUAAGCAAGUGAUCAAGGUUAAAAUAGGUAAUUUUAGGGUUGGCUGAACUCAUAGAAAACACAACACUUGUUACAUAAAACUUUUAACUGUGGGUCAGGGUUAAGGACAAUUCAGGGAAUUAUUAGGGAAAAUUCUGUGAAAGAAAACAUUGCCAUUGAAAAUAACAGCUAGGCAAUUGAAUAAACAAUUGUGAUUGGUAACUUUGUGUGCAUGCGUACGUGCGUGUGUGUGUGUGUGUGUGUGCAUGUCCUGUGUGUGUCUUGAGUGCACUAACUGCCAACCAAUGCGUUAACAUAAGGCUUUGUUUAUAUAGUAAAGAGAUUUUCACUCAUCACCCAAACUGCAGCCUUUCGUAGAAUGGCUGUGUGGCAAAAAACAUUGCUGUCUUGGUUUUGAAAUACAUUGGGAUCAAAUGUAUUUACAAUAUGAUAUGAAAGAUGUAGGCAUAUGUCUAUGAGCUGCAGACCUGGGAUAACUAUAGUUGUAACCAGGGUCGCAACUUUGGUUUUAGAAGUGGGGGGGACAUAAAAAUGUUUUAUCCUGUAGGAUAAACACUCCAAACAGCCUACCCGACCUCUUGGAGGUGUUCGCAUGGUUCUAAAGCACACCGUUGCCUCGUUUUGUAUCACAUUCUAAUGAUCAAAUGUAAUCCCGUGUAGCUCAGUUGGUAGAGCAUGACGCUUGCAACGCCAGGGUUGUGGGUUCGUUUCCCAUGGGGGGCCAGUAUGAAAAGAAAAUGUAUGCACUCAAUAACUGUAAGUCGAUCUGGAUAAGAGCGUCUUACUAAAUGACUAAAAUGUAAAUAAAACUGGGGGGGACAAAAAUACAGUUUCAUGUCCCCCAGUGAAAGUUGCGCCCCUGGUUUUAACUAUGCUUUGUGGAAAGUAGCAUUUUUUUCUGGGGAACAAAUACUUACUUUGGAGGUGAUAAUAACUCUUUGAAUACAGACCUGAGAAAGCAACUACUUAAACAUGUCCCCCAGUGAAAGUUGCGCCCCUGGUUUUAACUGUGCUUUGUGGAAAGUAGCAUUUUUUUCUGGGGAACAAAUACUUACUGUCACGAACGUCGUAUGAAGGAGUGGACCAAAGCGCAGCGUUAGUUGCGAACAUACUUGCUUUAUUUAAUUAAAGCAUACACACGAAAUAACAAAACAAUAAACGACUCGUGAAGUCCUCAGUGACAAUGACCGAACACGGAACAAAAACCCACAACCACAAAGUGAAACACAGACAGUUAAAUAUGGCUCCCAAUCAGAGACAACCAGCACACAGCUGACACUCGUUGCCUCUGAUUGGGAGUCACUCAGUCAAACAUAGAAAUAAACAACCUAGAACACCCAACAUAGAAACAGAAAACAUAGAAUGAACACACCCUGGCUCAACAUAAUGAGUCCCAGAGCCAGGGUGUGACACUUACUUUAGAGAUGAUAAUAACUUUUGAAUACAGAUCUGAGAAAGCAACUACUUAAACAAAUAUAUUUGAAUACAGAUCUCAGGAAGUAACUACUUUUGAAUGUCCAUUGCCCCAGGUUUACAUUUUAAAGUCAAACCAAUUAACCAAUGAUAUUUUGUACAGAUAAGUAUAAAUAAGUUGUGAAGCUCAACUACUGUGUGACUCUUUCAACAUGCAACUGAAAAGGUUGAAAGCUGCAAUUAAUUUUAUGAUACCUGAAAACACUGCAGAGUAAUUCAAAGCCAUUUGCAAAUGUUGUAAACAGUAAGUUGGAUGCUUAGCAAAAACAACUUCAAUCCCUUUGUCUAUGUGGCAGGGCUUGAAAACUAUUACAGACUACAAAAAGAAGCACAGCCGCGAGCUGCCCAGUGACACAAGCCUACCAGACGAGCUAAAUCACUUCUAUGCUUGCUUCGAGGCAAGCAACACUGAAACAUGCAUGAGAGCAUCAGCUGUUCCGGAUGACUAUGUAAUCACGCUCUCAAAUACCUUCAAAUAUUAUUCGGUUUUCUGAGAGGUAUUCAACAUUUUCUGAGACCUGUAUUUGAAUAUCAAAGAAAAUAGUUGCCUUUUAGUUUAAACUCUAUAUAAAUUAUAUUCGACUACCUUGAGUAUUUGAAAAGUUGGUAUUUUCAAAUAAACAAAACAAUACAACUAUUUUCUGCCCAGGGCUGAUGAGCUGUGACCAUUUUCUCCCUGUAUAUUUUAGUUGAAGCCCAAGGCAUCUCGUAUCAACUCCUGACAUCAGACCAUUGCAGGUAAAAAAAACAACAACAUUGUAUUGAAAAGACCUGGCUGUUUUUAAUACAGAACUGAGAACUGUAAUUAGUCUAUGUUUCAUAUUUCUAUCUAUCUGCAACGCUUUCCAUUUUCCAUCACCCUAAUGAGAGAGAGAGAGAGAGAGAAAAAGAGAGAGCAAGAGAGAGAGAGAGCUAUUGAAUGAGCCCACAGUAGAGUCAUUGGUGAAUUACAUCACAGUGGCUAAUACUGGGUAUGCAGUCACUGUAGUGGUUUACAGUAGGAGAUGAGAGACAGUGUUGUGUGUUUUACAUAUAAAUGUAAUGUUAUUUUCCUAAUACCUCCUCUUACUAAUGCCCAGUCUCCCUAACCAUAUAAGGGGAGCUGUCCCAAAACACUCUCUCUCUCUCUCUCUCUCUCUCUCUCUCUCUCUCUCUCUCUCUCUCUCUCUCUCUCUCUCUCUCGUUUCAGACAUGCUCUCUCUCUUCUGUCUCAAACAGAUCUCUCUCCUCUCUUCCUCUCCCACUACAAACUGGAACAUACGGACAUGACAUGACUAUUGCGGAUUUACUGACUUUCACCAAUUUUGGAGGCUGUAUCACAUUAGGCAUGAUCUUCUAAUGUAAGUCAGAAUAUAUUUUCUCAUUUUUUCAGAUGGUUUAUUCAAAGAAAGCAGUAGCACUAGUACUUUAGUAACAUUUCUACCAAACCAUGCAUACUAUCAUCUUUGCUAUCCAUAUCAGUGGGGAUCGCUCGAAUUAGAGUUUGAUUGUCUUUCUGAUGGUAAAUGUGGGUCCUAUUUGUCGGUCUUCAGACGGCUGGAGCGUAAUCCGAGAACCUUGAUACUGAUCAACUGUUUUGUAAAACCCUACCAGACAUAGGCAUAGCGUUGCUUAUUACAGUUGCUCAUGACAGUGUUGCAAGGGUUCCAUACAUGUUCUUGUCAACUAUCAUUUCAGGUGGUUUCAUUAGAAAACAUACAGUACAUGCAUCCUUGUUACAAGAGCUGCAGUAUUAUAGUCUAUUGAAGGCUCUAUGGAUGGCUGAAGUUUCACGUUUUUUUAGUUGUAUGUACAGGAUACACAUGGUAUACACUGUCCAACUAAAUGCUUACUUGCAGAUUUCUUCUCGACAAUGCAACAAUAAGAAAUAAUAAAAGAUAAGAAUACGAACAUAAAGUAAAUGGCUCAGUAGAAUAUAAUAAACAUUUUAGCAUGAGUAUUAUACAGAAAGACACAAUUUAUAGUCCAAUAUUUAUAUAUGUUAUGGGGAAGGGGUGUGUGUGUGUGGGGUGUGUGUGUGUAUAUGUGUGGAUGAGUGUGUUGAUGAGUAUAUAUCUGUGUGGAUGAGUGCGUGAGUUAGUGCAUGUGUGCUAAGGUGCAGAGAGUCAAUGCAGGUGGUCGGUCCAGUUCAAGUGUUCAGCAGUCUGAUUGCUUGUAGAUAGAAACUGUCUCUGAGCCUGUUGGUAUCAGACCAAAUGCUCCGAUACCGUCUGCCCAACGGCAAGGGAGUGAACAGCUGACGUUGAGGGAGAGGUUGUUGUCUUGGCACCACAAUGCCAGUUCACAUACCUCCUCCCUAUAGGCUGACUCAUCAUUGUUUUCUUAUCAGGCCUACAACCGUGGUGUCGUCAGCAAACUUGAUGAAGGAGUUAGCGUCGCGCAAUGCCACUCAGCAGAGGGACACCCCUGGGGGCCCCCUGUGUUAAGAGUCAGUGUGGAGGAGGUGUUGUUGCUAGUCCUGACAGCCUGUGGUCUGCCUGUCAGGAAGUACAGGAUCCAGUUGCAUAGAGUGGUGUCCAGACCCAGGGCUCUGAACUUGUUGUCGAGGUUGGAGGGAACAAUAGUGUUGAAUGCUUAACUGUAUUCAAUGAACAGCAUUCUCACAUAGGUGUUCCUCUUGUCCAGAUGCGUUACGGCUGUGUGAAUAAUGAAGGAAAUGGCAUCUUCUAUGGAGUGGUAGGCAAAUUGGAGUGGGUCCAGUGUGCCUGGCAUGCUGGCCUUGAUGUGGGCCAUGACCAGCCUCUUGAAGCACUUCAUGAUGACCGGGGUGAGUGCGACAGGGCGAUAGUCAUUUGGGCAUAUCAUCUUGGUUUUCUUGGGCACGGGGACGAUGGUGGUCUCCUUGAAGCAGGAGGGGACUACAGCCUGGGACAGGUUGAAGUUGUCCGAAAAGACGCCCGCCAGCUGGUCAGCACACACCCUGAGGACACGGCCAGGGAUGUCAUCGGGGCCGGCGGCUUUGUGAGUAUUCACUCUUUUGAGAGUUUUCCUCACGCCAGCCUCGAAGAUACCAAAAACCUUAACAAGAUUCUAUUGCAGAGGGAUGUGUACCCCUGGUUUGGUGUAAUAUGGCAGAAUAGUUACUUCAAUCCUAAUUUCUAGCCAAUGUAUAGAUUGUAUUCCUAUGGAGUAAGUGUCCGGUCCAUGGCCAACUUCUGCAGCAACCUUGCACAAUUUAUAAAAUGUAGUAGGGUGUUCUCUCUCAUCCCACUAGACUAAACAUACAGUAUGUGUUCUGUUUAAUUUAAACAGAUAUAAAUGUAUAAACUGACUACAUGAGUUUAAAUUUAAUAUAUGAAAGGUAUUUGAGUAACACUUAAAAUGAAUGUAACAUUUCUAAAGGGUUCGUAGAGUUUAUCAGUAAUUUAAAGACAAAUGGUAAUAAACAGUUAUUACUAUUUGAGAGAGAAUGUUUUUUUUAUUGGUUUAGGCCUAGAAAUCAUUGUACAAGUACUAGCAACAAGCUGAAUGGAAAGUAGGACUACAACUCACCUUCUUUUUUUAAAUAUUGAAACUUUACAAAUUUACAAAACCACAUAUAACAACACUGUGUGUGCAGCUCAAUAACCAAGGCUUUCUCUCCUCAUCUCCUACCUUCACCUGCUCUGAUAUGAAAGAACUGCACUGGUAUAUGCAAAUACUAAGGCUUCUUCUACCAUAUCGCUCUCACCUUCCCCAUGAUCAGCACAUAAUGAAGGGAGAGUGGAUGAGGAGAGGAAGCCUUCCUGCGGCUAGGGAACCCUGACCUGUUCACCAGACGUGCUACCUUGUCCAGGACCUGCUGUUUUCGACUUUCUCUCUCUCUCUACCACACCUGCUGUCUCGUCCUCUGAAUGCUCGGCUAUGAAAAGCCAACUGACAUUUACUCCUGAGGUACUGACCUGUUGCACCCUCUACAACCACUGUGAUUAUUAUUUGACCCUGCUGGUCAUCUAUGAACAUUUGAACAUCUUGAAGAACAAUCUGGCCUUAAAUGGCCAUGUACUCUUGUAAUCGCCACCUGGCACAGCCAGAAGAGGACUGGCCACCCCUCAGAGCCUGGUUCCUCUCUAGGUUUCUACCUAGGUUCCUGCCUUUCUAGGGAGUUUUUCCUAGCCACCGUGCAUCUACAUCUGCAUUGCUUGCUGUUUGGGGUUUUAGGCUGGGUUUCUGCAUAGCACUUCGUGACAUCUGCUGAUGUAAAAAGGGCUUUAUAAAUACAUUUGAUUGAUUGAUUGACUAUAGACAAUUGAGAUGCACCCUAUGAUCAUGUUCAAAUCGACCAAAAUCCUGAGCUUUGAGUGAGAAUGACCAGAUUUUACCAUACAACCAUUUGACAAAUGAGGUCCAUUGAUGGCCAUUCUCCCAACGUCUGUGGAGGCCUCUGAUCCAGCCCAGCGCUUGCUGGGUCAUAUUCAUUAGGGCAAAACGUUUUGAUUUUUUAAAAUACGGAAAACAAAAAUAAGCUGUUCUUAUUGGGGGCUGAUAAACAACCAGAAAUAACAAUUGAUUUUCUGGUUCAAAGCUAAACUUAGAUAUGUUAUUUCGGUUGUCGAGUCUAUUAGACCAUGGCCAUUUCAAGCUUAUCUUUCUAAAAAAUAAAAGGUUAUUUCAGAAUAUUUAGGCAAAUUAGCUGGCUAAGUUUUUGAACCCACUUUGUAGUAUACCCCUCAGGUAUAGUCCCUCCCUGUUUUUGUCAGUUUUCUUCCGUUUGGUGCCUAAUGCACAUGACCCAGAGUUUGAUGAAGCAUGUGGCUGUGGAGCCGGUGGAGCUGUGCAGGUAUCAGACUGUCUAAACAUGGCUGAUUGAUCCUUGAUAAGGAUGGAGGCCGGGCCAGGCCAGUCCAGGCAAGGGGAUGUACACGUCCUGGAAAACAAAAUAUUUAGUCAGUACUGACGCUCUCCAGACCUGAGAUGCAUGCCAUAGAGAGUGCUGGAGGAAAGAGUAAGUCACUUGAGCAUUCAGAUGAUACAGUCGGUAGGCUAAACUAAAUGAUGCACAGCCUGGUCUCAAAUCUGUUUGUGCUGUCUUGCCAACUCCUAUGGUCGUUGGUCACUGGCAAGACAGCGCAGACAGAACUGGGAGUCUGGGACGAGGCUAGAAAAAAUGUGCUAACUGUGUCAAAGGUAGACUGGAAAUAGGACAUCAUCAUACAGUGUUUCCCCUAUAUUCAUUGCUCACCGCUGCUAAAUUGUUGCCAACGCUGCAUAAAAUAUGAUGCAAUUUUUUAAAUAUAUAUAUUAUUAUAUUGACUAAAUGAAUAGUCGUUUGCGCAAAGACUGGAAGUCUAUGGGAACAGCUAGCAUGUAAUUGCGCUAAUGCUAGUAGUAAUGCACCCCACCCUUGCCACCACUGCUGAAAAGAAUCCUAGGGGAAACACUGUCAUCAUACAUAAUUGGCUGGGGCAACCUCCGGGUUACAGAAAUCAACAACAACACAGUUCAAAUCUGUCAAGACUGAUGCUAUUGACUCUUACCAAUGUAGCCAUGUCUCAAGGGAGGGCACAUAUUUGUUUUAUGUCUGUAAGCAAGAAGACACCCUGCUGUGUAUGAUAUCUGCACAUAGGUAUAGAAGUAUGGAGUAUGGAAGAAUCAAAUCAAAUCAAAUCAAAUUGUAUUGGCCACAUGCGCCGAAUACAACAGGUGCAGACAUUACAGUGAAAUGCUUACUUACAGCCCUUAACCAACAGUGCAUUUAUUUUUAACAAAAAAGUUUUAAAAAACAACAACAAAAAAAGUGUUGAGAAAAAAAGAGCAGAAGUAAAAUAAAAUAACAGUAGGGAGGCUAUAUAUACAGGGGGGUACCGGUGCAGAGUCAAUGUGCGGGGCACCGGCUAGUUGAGGUAGUUGAAGUAAUAUGUACAUGUGGGUAGAGUUAAAGUGACUAUGCAUAAAUAAUUAACAGAGUAGCAACAGCGUAAAAGGAUGGGGUGGGGGGGGGGCAGUGCAAAUAGUCUGGGUAGCCAUGAUUAGCUGUUCAGGAGUCUUAUGGCUUGGGGGUAGAAGCUGUUGAGAAGUCUUUUGGACCUAGACUUGGCACUCCGGUACCGCUUGCCGUGCGGUAGCAGAGAGAACAGUCUAUGACUAGGGUGGCUGGAGUCUUUGACAAUUUUGAGGGCCUUCCUCUGACACCGCCUGGUAUAGAGGUCCUGGAUGGCAGGAAGCUUGGCCCCAGUGAUGUACUGGGCCGUAUGCACUACCCUCUGUAGUGCCUUGCGGUCGGAGGCCAAGCAGUUGCCAUACCAGGUGGUGAUGCAACCAGUCAGGAUGCUCUCGAUGGUGCAGCUGUAGAAUUUUUUGAGGAUCUGAGGACCCAUGCCAAAUCUUUUCAGUCUCCUGAGGGGGAAUAGGCUUUGUCGUGCCCUCUUCACGACUGUCUUGGUGUGUUUGGACCAUGAUAGUUCGUUGGUGAUGUGGACACCAAGGAACUUGAAGCUCUCAACCUGUUCCACUACAGCCCCGUCGAUGAGAAUGGGGGCGUGCUCAGUCCUCUUUUUUUUCCUGUAGUCCACAAUCAUCUCCUUUGUCUUGGUCACGUUGAGGGAGAGGUUGUUAUCCUGGCACCACACGGCCAGGUCUCUGACCUCCUCCCUAUAGGCUGUCUCAUCGUUGUCGGUGAUCAGGCCUACCACUGUUGUGACGUCGGCAAACUUAAUGAUGGUGUUGGAUUCGUGCCUGGCCAUGCAAUCAUGGGUGAACAGGGAGUACAGGAGGGGACUGAGCACGCACCCCUGAGGGGCCCCCGUGUUGAGGAUCAGUGUGGCAGAUGUGUUGUUACCUACCCUUACCACCUGGGGGUGGCCCGUCAGGAAGUCCAGGAUCCAGUUGCAGAGGGAGGUGUUUAGUCUCAGGAUCCUUAGCUUAGUGAUGAGCUUUGAGGGCACUAUGGUGUUGAAUGCUGAGCUGUAGUCAAUGAAUAGCAUUCUCACGUAGGUGUUCCUCUUGUCCAGGUGGGAAAGGGCAGUGUGGAGUGCAAUAGAGAUUGCAUCAUCUGUGGAUCUGUUGGGGCGGUAUGCAAAUUGGAGUGGGUCUAGGGUUUCUGGGAUAAUGCUGUUGAUGUGAGCCAUGACCAGCCUUUCAAAGCACUUCAUGGCUACAGACAUCAGUGCUACGGGUCGGUAGUCAUUUAGGCAGGUUAUCUUAGAGUCCUUGGGCACGGGGACUAUGAAGGUCUGCUUGAAACAAGUUGGUAUUACAGACUCAGUCAGGGACAUGUUGAAAAUGUCAGUGAAGACACUUGCCAGUUGGUCAGCACAUGCUCGGAGUACACGUCCUGGUAAUCCGUCUGGCCCUGCGGCCUUGUGAAUGUUGACCUGCUUAAAAGUCUUACUCACAUCGGCUAUGAAGAGCGUGAUCACAUAGUCAUCCGGAACAGCUGGUGCUCUCAUGCAUGCUUCAGUGUUGCUUGCCUCGAAGCGAGCAUAGAAGUGGUUUAGCUCGUCUGGAAGUCUUGUGUCACUGGGCAGCUCGCGGCUGUGCUUCCCUUUGUAGUCUGUAAUAGUUUUCAAGCCCUACCACAUCCGACGAGCAUCAGAGCCAGUGUAGUACGAUUCAAUCUUAGUCCUGUAUUGACUCUUUGCCUGUUUGAUGGUUCAUCGGAGGGCAUAGCGGGAUUUCUUAUAAGCGUCCGGGUUAGAGUCCCGCUCCUUGAAAGCGGCAGCUCUACCCUUUAGCUCAGUGCGGAUGUUUCCUGUAAUCCAUGGCUUCUGGUUGGGGUAUGUACGUACGGUCACUGUGGGGACAACAUCAUCGAUGCACUUAUUGAUGAAGCCAGUGACUGAUGUGGUGUACUCCUCAAUGCUAUCUGAAGAAUCCCGGAACAUGUUCCAGUCUGUGCUAGCAAAACAGUCCUGUAGCUUAGCAUCUGCGUCAUCUGAAGAAUGAACAAACGCGUGUGUGUGUGUCUGGUGCAUGCAUGCGUCUGUUCAUUAGUGUGUUCAUUCAUGUGUUGAAGAGAAUAAUAUAAUUUAUGACUAUGAGUUCCAUACCCUUUAAAGGAACCGAAGGAGGAUAAAGUGCUGUGAGGAUGAUGUGAAUAUAAUUUCUGAAUAUUCGACUCCAGGGAGUAAAUAUUUGGUUUAGCUAAAGCACAAUGUCUGUUAGGCUCUGCCAGCUGGAUCCGCACCCCUGUCUCCUCUCUCUCUCCUCUCUCCCCAUACUGACUAACAGCCAAAAGGGGCUGGGGAGGGGUGGUGGUGGGGUGCGGGCUGUAUGUCCUGGGCAGGGGGGUGGUCCUACGGAGGGUUGGUGGAGGGUGGGGGCUAGUGGUCCUGAGGAGGGGUGGUGAUGGUGGUGGUAGGGGGUUGCUCCCUUUCUCCUCUCUCUCUCCCAAUACUGGAUAACAGACACAGUUGGGGAGGGGCUGUGGUGGUGGGGGCCUUCCAUGGGUGUUACUUUCCUGGGCACCAAUCCUAACUCCUGACCUUCCUCUCAUCUUUCCCCAUACUGGCUAACAGCCACAGGGGGUAUAAGUCAUGGGGAGGGGUGGUGGUGGUUUACAGACAGAACAUCUCAAAGAUCCCAAAGUUCAGAUCCUUAUCAAACAAGAAAAAACAUCAAAAAACCAAAUUCCCAGGUUCAGAGGGUUUAGAUAAGCAAAAAGUUGUGAUGGGUUCGCACUCAAAAAGAUGUCGCAUAAAGAUGACUUCAUUCACAAUUUUUUAGAGGAGCAGAGGGUUUACCUACAGCCAGUGGUGUAAAGUACUUAAGUAAAAAUACUUUAAAGUACUACUUAAUCUGUACUUUACUUUACUAUUUAUAUUUUUGACAACUUUUACUUCACUACAUUCCAAAAUAAAUAAUGUACUUAAUACUCAUUACAUUUUUAAUGCUUAGCAGGACAGGAAAAUGGUCCAAUUCACACACUUAUCAAGAGAACAUCUCUGGUGUGUGCCCCUGGCUAUCCGUAAAUAAAUAAUACAUAUACAAAUUGUGCCGUCUGGUUUGCUUAAUGUAAGGAAUUAGAAAUUAUUCAUACUUUUACUUUUACUUUUGAUACUUAAGUAUAUUUUUAAAAGUCAUUUUCUAUUAAGGUAUCUUUACUUUUACUGAAGUAUGAGAAUUGGGUACUUUUUCCACCAUCUAUGCACGUUCAAGUUUUCGUUUUUUUUUUGUCUUAUUUCUUGUUUGUUUCACAAAAAAAAAUAUUUUGCAUCUUCAAAGUGGUAGGCAUGUGUGUAAAUCAAAUGAUGCAAACCCACCAAAAAUCCAUUUUAAUUUCAGGUUGUAAGGCAACAAAAUAGGAAAAAUGCCAAGGGGGGUGAAUAAUUUCGCAAGCCACUGUAUGUACAUGUAGGUAGGGGUAAAGUGACUAUGCAUAGAGUAGCAGCAGCGUAAAAAAGGGGGGGUCAAUUCAAAUAGUCCGGGUAGCCAUUUUAUUAACUGUUCAGCAGUUUUAUGGUUUUGGGGUAGAAGCUGUUAAGGAGCCUUUUGGACCUAGACUUGGCACUCCGGUCCCGUUUGCAGUACAGUAGCAGAGAGAACAGUCUAUGACUAGGGUGGCUGGCGUCUUUAACAAUUUUUAGGGCCUUCCUCUGACACCGCCUGGUAUAGAGGUCCUGGAUGGCAGGAAACUCGGUCCCAGUGAUGUACUGGCUGGGCCGUACGCACUACCUUCUGUAGUGCCUUGUGGUCGGAUGCCGAACAGUUGCCAAACCAGGCGGUGAUGCAACCAGUCAGGAUGCUCUUUAUGGUGCAGCUGUAGAACUGUUUGAGGAUCUGAGGACCCCUUCCAAAUCUUUUCAGUCUCCUGAGGGGGAAUAGGCACACACACACAGUGUUAUAAUAGCACCUUUUAUGAGAAAAGCUACUGUAUGCCUUUUAUGGGUGUGAUUAGGUGAUGACAUGCCUGGAUUGUGUUCAGUAGGGAGAAAAGGUUUUAACAUUUAGGGACUACUACCUGAACUUGUCCAAUGAGAACAAAGAUAAUUGUUUUCCGUAGCAAAACAUUUUGCCUUACUGAACACGACUCUGUAUCUUCCUCUGUCUUCCCAGGCAUGCCAUGCUCUGAGUGCUGAAGUAAGGGUGGCCAGAUCAGGAGAGCUACUCCUGUCUUCCAGGAAGCUGCUAACGUCUGCCGAGAGGAGGGAUCUGUGUCGUAGGAGGGCCACAUUGCCAUGGCCGGGAGGGGGAGGGGUGUCUAGCUACCGAGCAACCCUACAGAGGACUGACGUUUCUGCCUACAUUUCAGGAACCCUCCUGGAAGUGGUUCUGUCCAUCGGUAACAGGGGAGACAACGACUCUCCUCCCUGUAUCACCACAAGUCCCUUGGGCUGGGCUGUCCUGAAAGGUCCCAAAAACCAAUAUGAAUCUUAUGAAAUUCAAGUUGAUUACGUAUUGAAUCAACUCAGCUUACAUAAUAAAUCAUAUGAAAUGUAUAUUAAUCAAAUGUGGUUAAAAUACUACCUGUCUUAUCAGAGAGUAGGAUAGAACUAUAACCAUUUUGCUUAAACUUAUCUGAUCCAUCCAGUUCUACAUGAAGUGUCUAUGAGUAGGGGCUAGGGGACAAGUUGGAAUUCAGAAACAAUCUACAGUAUUUUCCUCCCGUCUUAACUCCCUCUUGACUCACCCUCCCCUCCCUCAUCCUUCCUCCUUCACCCUUCUCCCUUCUCCCUCCCUCUCCUUAUUCCCUAUUUCCUCCCUCCCCCUCAGAGCGCCAGCUGCACUCCCCGAUGGCGGGGUCCAGCGUGGUGCCGGCAGCUCCGCUGACGGAGGUCAACAAGGAGCUGUCUGACCUCCGUCCCCUGGUCAGUUUCCCGGAGGAGAUGGCCUACGUCCUCAUGGAGCAGGAGCUGCAUCUCUACAGCCGGAUCUUACCCCUGGACUACCUCUGUUUCCUCACCCUCGACCUGGGGGGCCCUGAUCAGCCACAUCCCCAGGGGCAGACACACCAACCUGUACAACCCCAUCUUAUGGCUGGCUGCAGACGGCCCCACAAUGCUGUAGAGGACCUGGUCACAAGAUUCAAUGAGGUGAGAGAGACAUAAUCCAGCAAAACGGUGCAUUAAAACUUAAAUCAGAUGUACCUAGCUCGGUGGAGACCCUAGGAACCUCAAGAGUUCACCAAUCCUGUGAACGGGUUAGGCAACUCAGAAAAAGCCAACUUUCAAUCUUAGCUUCUUAACCAGCUCAUCUAUAUGUUUUUUAAAUGUCAAAUCCAUAUCAAUCCAAAUGCCUAAGUACAGUAUUUAUAUGUGGGAACACAUUUGAUUGGAGAACCAUCUAAUGAGUGAACAUGUACAGUGGGGAAAAAAAGUAUUUAGUCAGCCACCAAUUGUGCAAGUUCUCCCACUUAAGAGAGGCCUGUAAUUUUCAUCAUAGAUACACGUCAACUAUGACAGACAAAAUGAGAAAAAAUAAUCCAGAAAAUCACAUUGUAGGAUUUUUAAUGAAUUUAUUUGCAAAUUAUGGUGGAAAAUAAGUAUUUGGUCAAUAAGAAAAGUUUCUCAAUACUUUGUUAUAUACCCUUUGUUGGCAAUGACACAGGUCAAACGUUUUCUGUAAGUCUUCACAAGGUUCCAAAUUAGUGGGCAUUGUUGUUCACUAAUUUACUCCAAGUAGGGAAAGGAUGGUGGGGUUGAAAAGUAAUAUAGGGGAGUAUAUAUGUAAAAAAUAGAAAAAGACAUGGGGGAUUGGAAGUGAUGCAGACAAUUACAUUGAUAGAAGACACAAUCUAUCUGCAAUAUUAAGCUGAUCCAUUCCCAAAGAAUAAAAAUAUAAAAAAUAACAAGAAAAGAAAAAAUUAUGAAAAAAAAAAAAAAAAAAAAAGGCUUCACAAGGUUUUCACACACUGUUGCUGGUAUUUUGGCCCAUUCUUCCAUGCAGAUCUCCUCUAGAGCAGUGAUGUUUUGGGGCUGUCGCUGGGCAACACGGACUUUCAACUCCCUCCAAAGAUUUUCUAUGGGGUUGAGAUCUGGAGACUGGCUAGGCCACUCCAGGACCUUGAAAUGCUUCUUACAAAGCCACUCCUUCGUUGCCCGGGCGGUGUGUUUGGGAUCAUUGUCAUGCUGAAAAACCCAGCCACGUUUCAUCUUCAAUGCCCUUGCUGAUGGAAGGAGGUUUUCACUCAAAAUCUCACGAUACAUGGCCCCAUUCAUUCUUUCCUUUACACGGAUCAGUCGUCCUGGUCCCUUUGCAGAAAAACAGCCCCAAAGCAUGAUGUUUCCACCCCCAUGCUUCACAGUAGGUAUGGUGUUCUUUAGAUGCAACUCAGCAUUCUUUGUCCUCCAAACACGACAAGUUGAGUUUUUACCAAAAAGUUCUAUUUUGGUUUCAUCUGACCAUAUGACAUUCUCCCAAUCCUCUUCUGGAUCAUCCAAAUGCACUCUAGCAAACUUCAGACGGGCCUGGACAUGUACUAGCUUAAGCAGGGGGACACGUCUGGCACUGCAGGAUUUGAGUCCCUAGCGGCGUAGUGUGUUACUGAUGGUAGGCUUUGUUACUUUGGUCCCAGCUCUCUGCAGGUCAUUCACUAGGUCCCCCUGUGUGGUUCUGGGAUUUUUGCUCACCGUUCUUGUGAUCAUUUUGACCCCACGGGGUGAGAUCUUGCGUGGAGCCCCAGAUCGAGGGAGAUUAUCAGUGGUCUUGUAUGUCUUCCAUUUCCUAAUAAUUGCUCCCACAGUUGAUUUCUUCAAACCAAGCUGCUUACCUAUUGCAGAUUCAGUCUUCCCAGCCUGGUGCAGGUCUACAAUUUUGUUUCUGGUGUCCUUUGACAGCUCUUUGGUCUUGGCCAUAGUGGAGUUUGGAGUGUGACUGUUUGAGGUUGUGGACAGGUGUCUUUUAUACUGAUAACAAGUUCAAACAGGUGCCGUUAAUACAGGUAACGAGUGGAGGACAGAGGAGCCUCUUAAAGAAGAAGUUACAGGUCUGUGAGAGCCAGAAAUCUUGCUUGUUUGUAGGUGACCAAAUAUUUAUUUUCCACCAUAAUUUGCAAAUAAAUUCAUAAAAAAUCCUACAAUGUGAUUUUCUGGAGAAAAAAAAUGUCAAUUUGUCUGUCAUAGUUGAUGUGUACCUAUGAUGAAAAUUACAGGCCUCUCUCAUCUUUUUAAGUGGGAGAACUUGCACAAUUGGUGGCUGACUAAAUACUUUUUUCCCCCACUGUAGUUCAUCUGAAACAUUCUUACGAGAGUGCAAAAACUAAAUGUAUUUAGUUUUGCCUUUAUUAAGCACAAGUUUUAAAUCACCAAGGGAUUCCUGCAUAGCUAUAAAAUCUGACUGUAGUUUUGAUCAACAGUCGGGGCAAUAAUAUACAUAAUUGUAUCAUCCGUAUAUAGAUGGAGUUUACAAUUUUUUUACAGAUUGACCAAUGGAUUUGAUAUAAGUAGUGAAGAGAACAGGUCCCAAAAUCGACCCUGUGGUACGACCCCUGUGGUACUUCAAGAAAUUCAGACUUAACCCCAUCAAUCACGAUGGCCUGAGAUCAUAAUGAAACCAUGAACAGGCGUCAGAGCUCAGGCCUAUCGAGGACAACAUAUUCAAUAAAAUAGCAUGAUCAACAGUAUCAAAAGCUUUUGACAGGUCCACAAACAAAGCAGCACAUUUCAUUUUAGUGUUUAAAGCAUUGACAAGAUCAUUAACAACUAAAGUGGUUGCUGUAAUAGUGCUAUACCCAGGCCUAAACGUUGAUUGGUUUACAUUCAAAAUACAUUUCUCAGAAGAAAAAAAAGAGCAAAGUUGUACAUUUACCAAGGAUUCAAGAAUCUUGGCUAGACAAGGAAGCCUUGAAAUGGUGUGAUAUUUAUCAAGAUCACUACUAUCCCCGCCCUUAUGGAGUGGCAGCACAAGAGCUGAUUUCCAUGCUUUUGGAAUAUUUCCUGAUAGCAACGAUAAAUAAAAAAUGUGGGUUAUUGAGCCAACAAUGAUGGGCGCUGCACACUUAAGCAGACCAGGAUCCAAUUGGUCGGCCCCUGUGGAUUUCUUGUUGUCUAUUGCUAGCAAAGCAUCCAGGAUUUCUUUUUCUGUAAAUAACCUAAAAGAAAAGCUUUGAUUGUCAUUUCUCUGAUCAUUCAGCAAGUUUCCCCUAUCAGCAUUCCAGUCCAGCCCAUUAUCAUUGUGAAUAGGCUUAGAAGUUCUUUCAAGGAGAUAGCCCGCCAAAAGAAAAUGGUGAUUAAAUGCAUCAAUAAUGGCAUUUUUUCUCAUAAUGAGGCCAGUGUCUGAAUGAAUUUGUUGUAACAGAGAGGAGGAAAUAGAACCCUUCAGGGAUUUGACAGUUUUCUAGAAUUUUGCCAGGUUCUCAUUACAAUCCGAAAGAGCGGUUACAUAAUAAUCAGAUUUAGCCUUUCUGAUUUGUCUUACACAAUGAUUCCUCAGUUGCUUAAAAGCUUGGCAGUCCAUGCCUAAGACUGUGUUCCUGGCCUUGACCCAAGCAUCAUCUAUUUUUUGAAUGACUUCUGAUAAUUCCAGAGUGAACCAGGCAAUCGAUCUACCUUUAACCCUUCAUUUUUUGAAUGGAGUAUGAUUAUCCACAAUAGUAUUGAAAACAUCUGCAAAAAGUCUCAAAGCUAAAUCAGAUUCAGGGAUAGCUGAAAUACAAUCAAUGUCAUUAAAAUAAAGAUAAUGUAAAAAAGCCUGUUCACUGAAGUUUUUCAAAUUUGUCUUUGUGAUGACACAAUACUUACAUUUUUUCUAACAACUGGGCAAUGGUCACUAAUGUCUUGGGUGAAGACACCAGUAGAAACAUAUUUCUCUGGUGUAUUCGUUAAAAUAAGAUCAAUCAGAGUUGACUUUCAAGGAUCUUUAUGGUUGGGCCGUGUAGGUCACCAGCUGGGUUAGGUUUAGAUCAUUACACAUAUAUUUUAGAUUGUCUGAAGCCUGCAUUUCCCAAUCAUAAUUUAGGUCACCCAGGAUAAUAACUUCUGAUUUAAUAAAAGAAGACAACAAACUAGGCUUUGUAUACUAGCGUGCAACAACCCAACCCUCUAUGUGAUUUGAAAACCAAGGGGGUAUUCAAGUUUAUGGAAUUCACAUUUGAACUAAAAGUACUGGGUGAACAGACCAUAGUGGGCUUCUCUUUUGAGCUAACAGUAGCAGAUCUACGAGUGGAGUUCAAACGAAUUGGUGCAAGAUUACAAAUGGCAGUAUAGACAACAAUACGACGAUAACGCUUAGAAAGGAUGGGAGGUAUUACCUGAGCAGGGCUUGGUCUGCCUCUGAGUCAAUAUCUUAACGCGGCCUUAACGCGACUUAACGUUUGGUGAGAUUGGUUGUCCUAUGGUUAUUUAGCAUGAAACCUUUACACAGCUUCUGGGAAUGGCGCAGGAUACCCAGCUAGCAUAUAACAUUCUGAGAACCAUAUGUUUCUUAGGUGGGAAUUUCAGUACUUCAGCAUAACGUUUCCUCCACGUUUCCUCAUGGUUCUAUUUAAAGUAAUGUGCUUAAAUUGUUCUGAGAACAUUAAGAAACAACAUUCUUCUGUGGGAAUUUCAGUACUUCAGCAUAACAUUUUCUGCAGGUUUCCUCAUGUAUCUAUUUAACGUCAUGUUCUCAGAACAUUAAGAAAACUAUCCAUAAAAACCACAAGAAAACAUUAGUAAUGUUCAAAGAACUUUCUAAGAAUAUUAUUUAGAAACAUAUACAUUCCGUUCUCUCUAUCCUCUAUCUUACUAUGUGUGUUCAGGUGUGUUGGCCGCGCCCACUAAUUUGCCACACCUGAUCUUAAUGAGUGCUUGUUUCCAUUGAAAUCGGGUCUGUUUGAAUAGACUAAAAUGGACAGCUUUGUAUGAGUUUUAAAAAACAUGCUAGCGCCAUCCUGGUUGCGCAGUGGACUAAUUCCAUGGAUAGAGAACAGAAGAUCAUACAUUCGAAUCUCACUGAUGCCAUGCCACAAUAAAAAAGAAAUAUCUUUGCAUGAUUCAUGCCUAAGCAAAUGAAUUUCCAUGUGUCCUAUCUGUGCUUGGAGUUCAAAACAAUUAACCCAAACUAAGCUAGUAGUGUUAUUAAAAGUCUUAUUGAAACAUGUUCUCAGAACAUUAUUUAAUUACCGUCAAAAAACCUAUCAUAAACCGUUCUCAGAAUGUUAAUAAAACCUCCCAGGAAGACUUUCAGGGAACCAUAGUAAAAUGUUCUCAGAACCUCCCUUCAACCUACAAAUGUACGUUCCCAGAACAGGCAAAAUGUUCACUUCCAUUCUAAGAACGUUUCAGGAAACUUAUGUCUUCAUUCCCAGAACCAAUGGGAAACCAAAAACGUACAUUCCAACAAAUUCCAGGGAACCAAAUGUGCUAGCUGGGAACUAAGCUGCUAUGUGUCUCAACAUGGGGCAUUGUUGGUCCACCUCUAGAGUAACUGUGCUUGAGACCAGGGGCCUCAUUUAUAAACCGUGCAUACGUACAACAUUUCCCCAAAAAUUUGAAUGCGCCAGUUUUCACGCAAAAGUUGGCAUUUGUACAAAUUUAACUUGAAGUGAAAAUGUGCUCACAUCCCCGCAAACUUUAGACCAUGCUUACGCACAUCUGCUAGUGGUUGAAAUAUUGUAUUGCAAGCUGGUGAGUAAGUAUUAUGUGCAUGAUAUGGAUAUGAUGAAUAAGCUUAUUCAUAAAAAACGAAAAACAGGAAAACAUAUUAACAAGAAUGCAACCAUUAGUGAGAAGAGCGAAAAUCAAUGUGUUUUAUUUUUAGAAUCUAAAAUAAUUAGACAUAGGAAUCUUUUUCCUACUUAUUUUAUUUUCAUAAUCAUUGCAGAACACACUUUGCCUCCAGAACAGCCUGAAUUCUUGUGAGCAUGGAUUCCACAAGUCGGAAAUGUUCCACAGGGAUGUUGGUCCAUGCUGACGCGAUGGCAUAAUGCAGUUUCUGCAGAUUGGAUGGCGGUACACCACCACCACCAGCCUGUACCGUUGACACCAGGCAGGAUGGGUCCAUGGACUCAUGCUGCUUACGUCAAAUCCUGACCCUGCCAUCAGCAUCAUGCAACAGGAACCGGGAUUUUGUCGGACCAGUCAAUGUUUUUCCACUCCUUAAUUGUCCAGUGUUGAUGAUCGCGUGCCCACUGGAGCUGCUUCUUCUUGUUUUUAGCUGAUAGGAGUGGAACCUGGUGUGGUCGUCUGCUGCAAUAGCCCCAUCCGUGACAAUGAUCAACGAUACUUGGACCUAGUAGCCUAGUAAAUAGAUAGGCUAUAUGUAUUUCAAGUUUUGCAAUAUCAUAGGCAGCGCUGUUUAUAAUACUGGUAUACAGUUGAAAUUAACAGCUGAUAUUUUACAUUGAAGUAGGCUUAUGUAUGUACAGUGUGUGCACAGACGUUUCAUAAAUGGCGCAUACAGAAAUUGAGUGUGAAAUUUAUGCAACGGUUUUAAAUGAGGCCCCUGAAGACUUGUGUUGGCUUCCAGAGCUAAUGCCUUUAGCUCAAUAGGCUAACUCAGUCCUGUUACACAAAGGUAACCCAGGAUUCGCACCCAGUUAGUAACACUUACAGUUACUGUAUUUUCCAGGUGAGUUCCUGGGUGACGUGGAUGAUUAUGACGGCCGGUUCUAUGGAGGAGAAGAGAGAGGUGUUCUCAUGUCUGGUCCAUGUGGCCAGGUGCUGUUGGAACAUGGGAAACUAUAACACCGUCAUGGAGUUCCUGGCUGGACUCAGGUAGAAGCAAGGAUAGAACCAAUUAUUCAAGGGAACACUCAGCAUCUCCCUAUUCACACUCAGCAUCUCCCCAUCCUACCCUUCAGGUCUCGCAAGGUGCUUAAGAUGUGGCAGUUCAUGGACCAGUCAAACAUCGAGACCAUGCGUGCCCUGAAGGAUGCCAUGGCGCACCACGAGACGUCUGCAGAGUACAGGAAGGUGGUCUCACGUGCCCUCCACAUCCCGGGCUGCAGGGUAGUGCCCUUCUGUGGGGUCUUUCUGAGAGAGCUAGGGGAGGCCCUGGAUGGAGCAGCUAGCCUGAUCAGCCUCAGACCACGCCUCAGCUCACAGGACUCUGUGGAGGUGAGGAAUUAUAAAUGUUUUGCCUGGUCCCAGAUCUGUUUGGGGGGUGUGACAAUGGCCAAAGGAGUUAGCAAGACAGUACAAACAUAUACUAUAAUAUAAAGUAAUGUAGAACAAAAACACAUGAGAAAUUGAAAGUAAGCUAUAAACAGGGUCAGUUACAGGGUCAGUGCCAAUACCAUAUUUACAAUGUGCAGGGAUACUGGAGUGGUAUAGGGGUAGAUAUGUGUAGGGGUAAGGUGACUAGGCAUCAGGAUAUAUGAUAAACAGAGUAGCAGCUGCGUAUAUGAUGAUUGUAUGUGAGUGUGUGCGCUUGUCUGUAGAGUCAGUAUGAAUGUGUGUAUGGUUAAUGUGUGUGUGAGCAAAUUAAGUGUGUGUGUGUGUGUGCAUGUAUGUGUGUUGGAUUGUCAGUGUGUGUAUGUGUGAGUGAGUGUGUAGAGUGUGGAUAGACUGGGUGUGUGAGUGUGCAUAGUCAGCGGAAAAAUAGAAACAAAAUAGAAGGGUCAAUGCAGGUAGUCUGUGUAGCAAUUUUGUCAGCUAUUUAGCAGUGUUAUGGCUUGGGGAUAGAAGCUGUUCAGGAGGCUGUUGGUGUCAGACUUGUUACUCCGGUACCGCUUGCCGUGCGGAAGCAGAGAGAACAGUCUAUGGCUUGGGUGGCUGGAGUCUUUAACAAUUUUCCGGGCCUUCCUUUCACACCACCUGAUAUAGAGGUCCUGGAUGGCAGGGAGCUUGGCCCCAGAGAUGUACUGGGCUGUCCACACCACCCUCUGUAGCGCCAUGUAAUCAAGGGCUGUGCAGUUUCCAUACCAAGCAGUGAUGCAGCCAGUCAAGAUACUCUUGAUGGUGCAGCUGUAGAACUUUCUGAGGAUUUGAGGGCCCAUGCCAAAUCUUUUCAACCUCCUGAGGGGGAAGAGGCGCUGUCACGCCUUCUUCACAACUGUUUGCGUGUGUGUGGACCAUUUAAAUCCUUAGUGAGUUCUGUCCAAAUAUAAAGUGCAUUAUACCUUUUUCUUAUCAAAGUCCAUCCCUUCAGGCCAAAAGUGAAUCUCCACACAACCCGACUCAUCAUAAAUAUACUUUAGUAUCUGUUCCCAUCUUAAACACCACCAAGUCUUCUUUCCAUAGUUUCUCUCUGACUACAAUGGACAGGACAACUUCCUGCAACGGGCGGGGCCAGAUGGGCUCAACCAACCAGAGAAGGAAGCAACCGUCAAUAACAUCCUACAGACCAUCCGUAGCUGCAACCGCAGUAUGGAGUCUGAGGAUGGGGAGGAGUCUGGAGGGGCUGGUGACGGGAGCAUCCCUGGUUCACGUAAAAAUUCCUUAAUGGACGGCUUCCGCAACCAGUAAGUGUUCACAAUGGAUGCACCUAACUUUAAGCUACUUUUUAGUGGCUUGUGCAGGAUUUUGGCUUUGAUUGUGUCAAUAAAAUCUGGAAACACUGGUACCACAACACCAUACGAUAUCUUGAUCUGCUAUCUGAUACAAGCUAGGUGAAGUUGGCUCUCCAUUUCAAUAUUUAAUUGUGUUAAAUAUAAUUGUCAAUAAAUUAUCAUGUGUUUUGUGUUUUGCAUCUUUAGAAAUAUUUGUGUUGGUGUCUCAUUGUAUAUAAUCUGCAUUCAUUUUAAAGUUUUAUGGGGUAAUUUUCCUCUCCUGAAAACCCUCUUCUCUGCAAUUGGUCAGGUUCACCGUGGGCGAUCUCUCCGACUCCGUGGGUGACCCAUCUGACCUAUCACAGGGCAAAGACCCAGACCUCCAGGGUACUGGUGAGAGGACUCAGAAGGCCUUUGCCCACGGUACGGAGCUCAUCCCCUGGUACAUCCUUUCCCUCCACCCCCACGUUCACCACUUCCUCCAGCAGGGCACUACCGUGAUCCACUACGACCAGGACUCCCACCUCACCGCCCGCUGCCUGCUCAGACUCCAACCUGACAAUUGUGUCCUCACCUGGGCCAAGCUCCACAGUGGCGGUGGGGGCCUCCCUGGUUCUAGCCCUGGCUCUGACUCCUCCAAGCUUCGGAGCCCCACCGGGUCAGGGGCUGGUGGUCAGACCCUCCCCCACUGCAGGCCUCAGUACUGUGGGCAGUCCAUACUGAAAGGCCUGGCGGAUGGAUUCCUGGAUCUCUCCGUGGCUAAAGCUGUCUUCAUGGGCCAUCCAGGGGCUGACAUUCAGGCGGUAUGCCUGCAGAACAAGCUCUCAUGUGGGCUGAGCCUGGAGGAGUGUGGGGUGACUCUGCUCUAUGGACUCCAUACGACAGACAACAGGUUAUUACACUUUGUGGCACCAAGAAACACAGCUAGGAUGGUGUAUGCUGGGCUGCAGGCCCUGUUAGCUGCUCACAGGAGGAUGAGGAGGUUCCCUGACCAAAGGCUGCAGUGGCUCCGGAGGAAGUACAUCAACCUCUAUCAGGUGAGGGACUGUGAUGUAGUGAAGGAGUCAAGUUACUAAACCUCGGGUCAGAGUCAAGUCCCAAGUCCAUAGUGUUCCAGUCCGAGUCCGAGUCACUACAGGUAGAGUCUGAAUGGUGUCACCAGUCAUGAAAAUCAUGACUUGAGUGAGUCUGAGUCCUGGACUCGAGCACUUCAACACUGUUCCUCUGUCUUCCAGGAGGAUGGCAGGUAUGAGGGUCCGACACUAGCCCAGGCCAUCGAGCUGUUUGGAGGCAGGAGAUGGAGUGUGGGUGCUGGUAGCAUGGAGAAGUCUGGCGCUCAAAAGAACAGCCAUCUCACUGUGACCUCCAAUCAGAAGACUGGUAACUCCAAUAAAAAGAAAAAGAAGGCUGUGACUAGGGUGAGGAAACAUAUUUGCAGUAGAGAUUUAUUCAACUCCUGCACAAAUUCCUGGCGCUGGGUUGGAAGAGCAUGUCGAGUCAGUUUCAAUAAAAUAACUAAAUUGGGCGUGUGUGUGUGUGUGCACGUGGUGACAGGGGGACAGUGGGGAUGCCACAGAUGAUGAGAUGGUGUCACAGAAGGUGAAGAGUGGUUGGGAUAUCUUAGUGCGGAGUGCACCGGACCCAACAGACAACAUGGACCAAGACCAAGAUGACAACAGCUCCUAUGGUUUCCCUGGGCCUCUCUCCCCCUCCAGCAGUAGAUCCAUGGUCAUUAGCACAUCUUCCUCCUCCAUCUCAUCCUCAGCCUCCAAUCAGAAGGCUCAACCGGGGUAAGAUGCUACAAAGCAUGGUAUAUUCUUCAGUGUGUGUGUGUGUGUGUGUGUAUAUACUUCAUGUUUCAUUCAUUUGUGUGUGAUGAUGUUUGUGCUGGAAUUCAGUACACAUAUCUUUUAAUGUGUAUUUUUAUUGGCUUCUCGCUUCAGUAAUAGGCCCAAUCAGACACUACCUAGCCGCGGUAAGAGCCAAUCAAAGAGCUUCCAGAACCUCAUGGUAUCAGAUGACACCAUGAGUUUUACUGAGUUUAUUGAACUCUUUAAGUCCUUCAGGUAAUCUGCUCUAACUCCACAUGUAUCUAUCUAUGCUGUAUGUUGUGUAAUAGAUUAACUGUUGUUGAAGGUACAUUCCUUAAGAUUUUCCCAGUGUAUUUCCCAGUGUAAAAUGUAGCCAGUAUUUAAUCAAUGGCAGAUUGUGGAUUUCCAGAUAGGGCUUGCAGUAGUGUGUUUGAUUUGCACACUAGCAUGACCUAGAAAGAUGACUACAAUUGAUUGAUCUACAAUUGAGUGAAUUGGGGCCUAAAUAUUUUGUUCCCAUGUUGGUGUGUAGUAUCCGGAGUCGUAAGGACCUGAAGGAUGUGUUUGAUGCCCAUGCUGUGCCCUGUGGUCACUCUGCCUCUGAGCCUGCUCCUCUCUACACUCACCUCAGCAUCGACGACACAGUCACAGAACUGCAGCCAGACCUGGGUGAGUUACCUGCCAAUUUGGGGUCAAUUCCAUUUAGAUUCUAUAGGAGUAAUGUAGCCUGGUCCCAGAUCUGUAUGUGUUGUAUAGCAAUGCUUGGCUUGGUACGGUCCACUGGCGUUGGUGAGAAAAGCACAAACAGAUCUGGAAUCAGGCUAGAAAUAACAGUCUUCAAACUACAAACUUACAGGAAGCUCAGAAAAUGUGCAGUGUGAAAAGCCCUUAAGUGCCCUAACAUAAACUCAGCAACUCAUACUUGUUUUGUGAAGUGAAGUUUAUAAAUCUUUAUUUGUAUUUUCCCCCAUACUAGACCUUCUGACACGUAACAGCCUAGACCUUGGCCUUUCCAUCCGGAUCAAGCGACACAUGUCAGACAAUCAGAAGCAUAUUUCAGAUGCCAUAGCUGCAGCCAGCAUUGUGACCAACAGUACUGGCGUGGAGAGUGUCUCGCUGGGAGCUCUGGGCAUGACCAUCAUGCACCUCAAUGACUUCCUGGUCAACUGUCAGGGAGAGAACCACUCGCAUGAUGAAGUCCUAAGAAUCAUCCAGGUGUGUGUGUCUGUGUCUGUCUGUCAUUGUUAGUGUCUGUGUGUGUGUGUGUGUGUGUGUGUGUGUGUGUGUGUGUGUGUGUGUACUUUCUACUUUGUGCUUUGUCAGACAAUCUUCCACUGAAUUAGUGUAAGAGACAUGUGUUGUGUAUUCCAGAAAUUUGAACCGUCUGCCAGUUUGCGUCAGAUUGGCUGGAUGUCCUUUGAGGGAUUUGCACGGUCAGUAUUUUUAGUAAGCGUUUGUGAUCCCUGCGGGAAUUGAACCCAUGACCCUGACGUUACUAGCACCAUGCUCUUACCAACUUCGCCAAAAAGGACCUCAAUUCAGAAAUGACCUAGGUUUGCUUUACCCUGCUAUAAGGUAUCUGAUGGACAAGGACAACUCUGCUUCCAAACUGGAGGAGUCUCAGCUGAAUGUGUUAGAGCUCCAGUACCCUCUGUCUUACUACUACAUCGCUACAUCACACAACACCUACCUGACCGCCCACCAACUCAAGGGAGAGUCAUCUGUGGAGCUGUACAGCCAGGUGAGAAUCAGAACACUGGUAUUACCAUGAUGGGGAUCAUAUUCCAUGUAAUAUUAUUUACUCAAACCAAUUGAGUGUACAGCAAUACAGCUGUUGUGCUGAUACACUGUCAGUGAAAAGCCUUUAUUGUAGCGAAUCUGGGGGGAAGCACUACCAGGACUUGAACCUGAGUCCUUGUGUCUGUCAGUACAACACCAAUUACAUCAAGAGAUCCAAACCUUCUUGAGCCAAGCCAUAGAGGUUUCUAGGGAUGGUGCUAAGGUCACUACAUUAUUGUUUGUUUGGUUUCUUGUUGUCUCAGGUGCUCCUGCAGGGAUGCAGGAGUGUUGAACUGGACUGUUGGGAUGGAGACGAUGGCAUGCCAAUCAUCUAUCAUGGACACACACUCACCACCCGCAUACCCUUCAAGGUGUGUUGAGUUGAGUGGAAUUGAGCUGAGUUGAAUUGGGCUGGGUUGGGUUGGGUAAAUUGAGUUGAGUUGAUCUGGGUUGAGUUCAGUUGGGUUGGGUUGCCAAGAGUGUGCAAAGCUGUCAUCAAGGCAAAGGGUGGCUAUUUGAAGAAUCUCAAAUAUAUAAUAUAUUUUGAUUUGUUUAACACUUAUUUGGUUACUAAAUGAUUCCAUAUGUGUUAUUUCAUAGUUUUGAUGUCUUCACUAUUAUUCUACAAUGUAGAAAAUAGUAAAAAUAAAGAAAAACCCUUGAAUGAGUAGGUGUUCUAAAACUUUUGACUGGUAGUGUACAUAGACCAGUUUUGGAGAGGUGCAGGGUGCCACACUGGGCACCGUUGUUGUGGGGGGUUAAGUGCCUUGCUCAAGGGCACAACAGCAUCUAGGAUUUGAUACCGGCAACCCUUCGGUUGUCAGCUCACUUCCCGCCAGAUUUUUCCUGUCAGAACCGGGAUUCAAACUGGCAACCAUCCAGUUGCUGGCUCGUCUCUCUAACCGCUAGGCUACCUGCCACACAUGUAAUCCAAUUCCUCCUCCCAUUCCUGCAGGAUGUGGUGGAAGCAGUGAACCGAUCUGCCUUCGUGACCUCUGACCUGCCUGUGAUGCUGUCCAUAGAGAAUCACUGCUCCCUGCCGCAGCAACGCAAGAUGGCCAACAUCUUCAAGGUGAGUAGGCUUACUUACUAUUCUGUCCAGUUCAUUGUUGAAAUGUUGAGAUGUGAAAUGGGCUCUUACAUGCUUGUUGGUGCUUUACUCAAGAAAGUAUAUAUUCAGCCGGCAGAUCAAACAAAUUAAGGUUAGGGUUAGAGGGGGUGAGGUUAGGGUAAGGUUAGGCAUAGAGUUAGUGAACCGGAACAUAUACAUUGCCUUUAAUAAGUCAAUCAUAAUUGAUCUGUCUUCCCUUAGAAAAACACAUUAGAACUCUGAUGGUGUGUUUGUGUGUUGUCCUUCAACAGACUGUGUUUGGGGAUAAGCUGGUGACAAAGUUCCUGUUCGAGAGUGAUUUCUCAGAUGACCCGCUGUUGCCGUCACCAUGGCAACUGAGGGGGAAAAUCCUCCUCAAGAACAAGAAGCUGAAAGCUCACCAGACGCCGGUGGACAUCCUCAAACAGAAAGCAAGGACACUGACAAUGAACUCACUAACCAAAUGUUUUCUUAACAGUUAUUGAUCCAGUCCUUUAUCUUCGGAAAGUAUUCAGACCCCUUGACUUUUUCCACAUUUUGUUACAUUACAGCCUUAUUCUUAAAUGGAUUAAAUAUUUUAUUUUCCUCAGCAAUCUACACACAAUACCCCAUAAUGACAAAGCGAUAACAGGUUUUUAUACAUUUGUGCAAAUGUAUUACAAAUAAAUAACUUAAAUACCUUAUUUACAUAAGUAUUCAGACCCUUUGCUUUGAGACUCGAAAUUGAGCUCAGGUGAAUCCUGUUUCCAUUGAUCAUCCUUGAGAUGUUUCUGUCCACCUGUGGUAAAGUCCACCUGUGGUAAAUUCAAUUGAUUGGACAUGAUUUGUAAAGGUACACACCUGUCAAUAUAAGGUCUCACAGUUGACAAUGCAUGUCAGAGCAAAAACCAAGCCAUGAGGUCAAAUUAAUUGUCCGUAGAGCUCAGAGACAGGAUUGUGUUGAGGCACAGCUCUGGGGAAGGGUACCAAAAAAUGUCUUCAGCAUCGAAGGUCUCCAAAAACACAAUGGCCGCCAUCAUUCUUAAAUGGAAGAAGUUUGGAACCACCAAGACUCUUCCUAGAGCUGGCCGCCCGGCCAAACUGAGCAAUCGGGGGAGAAGGGCCUUAGUUAGGGAGGUGACCAAGAACCUGAUGGUCACUCGGACAGAGUUCUAGAGUUCCUCUGUGGAGAUGGGAGAACCUUCCAGAAGGACAACCAUCUCUGCAGCACUCCACCAAUCAGGCCUUUAUGGUAGAGUGGCCAGACGGAAGCCACUCCUCAGUAAAAAGGCACAUGACAGCCCGGUUGGAGUUUGCCAAAAGGCAUCUAAAGACUCUCAGACCAUGAGAAACAAGAUUCCCUGGUCUGAUGAAACCAAGAUUGAACUCUUUGGCCUGAAUGCCAAGUGUCACGUCAUGGUGUGGGAAUGUUUUUCAGCGGUAGGGACUGGGAGACUAGUCAGGAUCGAGGCAAAGAUGAACGGAGCAAAUACCGAGAGAUCCUUGACGAAAGCCUGCUCCAGAGCGCUCAGGACCUCAAAUUGGGGCGAAGGUUCACCUUCCAACAUAACAACGACCCUAAGCACACAGCCAAGACAACGCAGGAGUGGCUUCGGGACAAGUCUCUGAAUGUCCUUGACUUGAACCUGAUCGAACAUAUCUGGAGAGACCUGAAAAUAUCUGUGCAGCAACGCUCCCCAUCCAACCUGACAGAGCUUGAGAGGAUCUGCAGAGAGGAAUGGGAGAAACUCCCCAAAUACAGGUGUGCCAAGCUUGUAGCGUCAUACCCAAGAAGACUCGAGGCUGUAAUCGCUGACAAAGGUCAGGAUAUUUCAGAUUUUUAUUUUCUAUACAUUUCCUAAAAACCAGUUUUUGCUUUGUUAUUAUGGGGUAUCGUGUGUAGAUUGAUGAUGGGAAAAAAAACAUAUAUAGAAUUUAAGAAUAAGGCUGUAACGUAAAAAAAUCAAGAGGUCUGAAUACUUUCCAAAUGCACUGUAAUGUGCUAUACUGUAUGUACCUAAAUUGAUGGUACACUGAUACGUAAUUAGAAUGAACUAAGAUUGUCCUAAAUAACUCUUCCUGAUACAGGCUCACCAGUUGGCCCAGAUGCAUGCUCAGGCCAGUAGUGUGAUGCCUCCUCCCUUCCCAACCAUCAACAAUGAGGAAGAAGAGGAAGAAGAGUAUGAGGAUGAAUACGACUAUGAGUACGAAUCACUAUCUGAUGGUAUGAUCACACCACCAAUACCAUCCCAGUGAAUGCCAGUUUAUAGUCAAGCCAUUUCGUCGUAACACUCUCAUAAUACCCUCAAACAGCAAUACUGUUGAUCAUCCCAAUUCUUCUACUCAUCCUCUGACCCCCUACUCACUCUUCCUCUGUAGCUGACGUCCUGACUUUAUCUCCUGCUUCUUAUAUCCCAGAAGGUAAUACAAGUAUUCAAAUGAAUCACUUAAGAUUUUCUAAACCCACAGCAUGCUUGUUGUCCUGUUGCUGAAUAGAUCUGUGCUCUGUUUGUGCAGUGCUCUAGUACACUGGCUGUGUGACUGUGUCCAUUGCACAAGGGGGUUGUGAUAUUCAAAAGCUUAUUUUCUACUAAAUGAGUAUACACUGAUACUCAAUUUGAUUACCAAGUGGGUCAAAAACAACGAGAUUGCUUGAAAGCCAAUCGUUUUUUGGCCAAAUGUUUGAAUGUUAUAGUUAUUUGUCACUGAAAACAUCAAAUUAGAUUAUACUGAAUGAGUGUGUGUUUUUGUUUAGACUGCAAUAAUGAUGUAUUUGGCUGGGAAUGUCUACGUUGAUACAGAUAAUAUCCUGGAGGAUAGACCGGAGGGAAAGUCUUCGUCAGGGGAGAAGUUACAGAAUGAACACUGUGACGAAGUCCCCAAGAAGAUGAAGAAAUGCGAGAGUGCUACUCACAAUAAAGGAAAGGUGAGUUUGUCCUCCAUAUCCAUUUGGUGGCAGUGGUGGGAUCCAGUAAACAUAGUAAUAAAAAAGCUAAUUAACCAGUUUGUCCUGUAAUGUUUGAUUAAUCACAGCAUGAGACAUGGGGUUAAACAUUUUAAAAUAAAUAUUCAACAUGUAUGGAUAUUGCUGGUAUUUGUCUGAAAGAGUUUUGUCUCUUUUGUAUUUUUUUACACACACACACAAACACACACACACAAACACACACACACACACACACACACACACACACACAGGUAUUUGGCAAGGAGCUGGAGGAAGAAUUCAAGCUGCCUCGAAGCAAGAAGGAAGGACGCCAGAUAGCCCAGGAGCUAUCGGAUCUGGUGAUCUACUGCCAAGCUGUCAAAUUCCCAGGUAGUUCCUUACAUUACAUCCUCUUCUGUAAACAAACUAUACAAUUCCUUAUAAAUAGCUUCGUUUUCCAGUCUUUCGAUAUAGUUGUAGGUAUAGGCCAAUAUAAUAUCUCUGAAGCAUUUGUCUCACUUGUAUUCACUAUUUUCACAUUUGGAUGACUUUUGUGUGUGUGUGUCCCAGGUCUAUCCACCCCUACUCCAUCUGAGACUCCCAGGGAGAGAAAAGAGAGAAAGGAAGUUCUUUCUUCUAGAGGAAAGGGCAGGAGGUCCAUUUUUGGGAAUCCCCCAGGGAAAGGUUUUCCAGUGGACUCAUCGACAAUGAUGCGCACCCCAGGGCGAGGUAGGCUACUCUUCUCUGCCCCAUGACUGUCUAUCUGUGACCCAGAGUGGGCCCAAUACUCACAGAGUUCUAACUCAAAAUCCUAUUUUCCCUAACCCUAAACCUAACCCGUACUCUUACCCUUACCCUAACCCUAACCUUAACCCAAAAACCUAACCUUAACUCUAACCCUAAACCUAACCCUAGCUCCUAACCCUAACUCCUAACCCUUAACAUAAUUCUAACCCUAACACUAAUUCUAACCUUAACCCUAAACCCCCUAGAAAUAGCAUUUGACCUUGUGGGGAUUAACAAAAUGUCCCCAGUUGGUCAACAUUUUUGUUUGUUUACUAUUCUUGUAGGGACUUCUGGUCCCCACAAGAAUAGUUAAACACACACACACACACACACACACACAUAAACACAUACCUCUAACACACGUCUCUCAUAACCCUUUCCCCUAAAUCUGAAGGAGCAGCAUCGGAGGGCCCUCGUCCCAACUGGGAAGAAUCACCCAACUCCCCUCCUUACACCUGUAAUGCCUCCCUCAGCUCCCUUAUCCGCACCCCAAAAUGCUAUCACGUCUCCUCAGUCAAUGAGAACGCUGCCAAGCGCCUGUGUCGCCGCUACUCCCAGAAGCUGAUCCAACACACCAGCGCCCAGCUCCUGCGGACCUACCCGGCAGCCACACGUAUCGACUCCACAAACCCCAGUCCCCUACUCUUCUGGCUGCAUGGAAUACAGCUGGUCGCUCUCAACUACCAGACCGAUGGUGAGCUAGAUGCUAGGAGUCGUCAACUAAGUCAAGUUUGCUUUAUUAUGCCAAAAGUGGGAAAUUCAUUUGGCUAGCUUCAUUCAAGCAACCCAUGUUUGGCCUAUUGGGAGAAUGAGUUGGCGCUGUCUGCAUUCAGUCGAAAGUACGAAGGGACAAGGGGAAGUUGAAUCAGGGAAGUCAAUUGAAUGGAGCACAAGUCAACAACAUGAAAAUGACAUUGUCUGUCUGAAAUUCUAGUUGUUGGAGCACAAACAUAUUUUUUUGAAUCUCUGAAAGUGACCAUAUUUCUCUCUCUUUCUCUCCCUCCCUCUCUGACAGACCUGCCCCUGCAGCUGAACGCGGCCAUGUUUGAGCCUAACGGGGGUUGUGGGUUCCUACUGAAGCCCCCUGUCCUGUGGGACCCCAGCUGCCCACUCUACAGACACUUCUGCCCCCUGGACAGAGACCCAGAAGGCAUGAGCCCCGCCCUGUUCUCUCUCACUGUGAGUACAUAGCAGAAAUAGUAAUGGAUUGGAUGUGUAUAUAUAUAUAUAUACACAGUUGAAGUCGGAAGUUUACAUACACUUAGGUUAGAGUCAUUAAAACUUGUUUUUCAACCACUCCACAAAUGUAUUGUUAACAAACUAUAGUUUUGGCAAGUCGGUUUGGACAUCUACUUUGUGCAUGACAAAUAAUUUUUCCAACAAUUGUUUACAGACAGAUUAUUUCACUUAUAAUUCACUGUAUCACAAUUCUAGUGGGUCAGAAGUUUACAUACACUAAGUUGACUGUGCCUUUAAACAGCUUGGAAAAUUCCAGAAAAUGAUGUCAUGGCUUUAGAAGCUUCUGACAGGCUAAUUGACAUAAUUUGAUUCAAUUGGAUGUGUACCUGUGGAUGUAUUUCAAGGCCUACCUUCAAACUCAGUGCCUCUGCUUGACAUCAUGGGAAAAUCAAAAGAAAUCAGCCAAGACCUCAGAAUUUUUUUUGUAGAUCUUCACAAGUCUGGUUCAUCCUUGGGAGCAAUUUCCAAAUACCUGAAGGUACCACAUUCAUCUGUACAAACAACAAUAGUACGCAAAUAUAAACACCAUGGGACCACGCAGCCAUCAUACCGCUCAGGAAGGAGACGCGGUCUGUCUCUUAGAGAUGAACGUACUUUGAUGCGAAAAGUGCAAAUCAAUCCCAGAACAACAGCAAAGGACCUUGUGAAGAUGCUGGAGGUGUCACGCCCUGGCUCUGGGGACUCUUAAAUGUUGAGCCAGGGUGUGGAUUUUUCAAUGUUUAGUUUUCUAUGUUUUUUGUUCUAGAUCAUUUAGAUCUAUGUUGGCCAGGGUGGUUCCCAACCAGAGGCAGCUGUAGCUCGUUGUUUCUGAUUGGGGACCAUACUUAGGCAGCCUGUUGGCACCAGUUAGUUUGUGGGAUCUUGUUCCGUAAAGGUUUGUGUUGUUGUAACCUCAGGACUUCACGUAUCGUUCGUUUUGUUGUUUUGUUCAUGUGUUGUGCACUAAAUAAAAUGUACGCUUAUCACGCUGCGCCUUGGUUCCACGAGUCAUCAGUUCGUUCGUGACAGAAGAUCCCACCUAAAGAGGACCAAGCAGCGUGUCCAGGAACAGACAGCCUGGACUUGGGAGGAGAUCCUGGACGGGAAGGGAUCCUGGACUUGGGAAGAGAUUCAGGCCGGAAUGGAUCGCCGUCCUUGGGAGGAGACUGUGGAGGCGCGGAGGGUACCGGCCGAAGAGGAAGCCCGAUAGACAGCCCCAAUCAUUUUUUGGGGGGGGGCUAAAAGGGUGGUUGGCGGAGCCUAGAGUUAGAGCAGAGCCAACUCCCCGUACUCAGGCUAGGAAGCGUGAGACUGGGCAGGCUCCGUGUUAUGCGGAGCCACGUACUGUGCCGCGAGUGUUCCGGCACAGUCCUGUAUAUCCGGUGCUAGCACCACGCACGUGUCGUGCUAAGAUGGGCAUGCAGCCAGGACGGGGUGUGCCGGCUCAAUGCUCGUGGCCUCCAGUACGCCUCCUCGGUCCCGUAUGUCCUGCGCCAGUGCCACGUGCUGCAGCGCCAGUACGAGUGCACAGCCCUGUACGUCCUGUGCUGAUGCCUCACACAUAUUGUGUGGAAAUAGGCAUUCAGCCAGGACGGGUUGUGGCAGCUCUCCGCUCCAGACCUCCAGUCCGCCUCCACAGUCCGGCCCGGCCCGUUCCGGCUCCCCGCACCAAGCCAGUGGUGCGUGUUCCCAGUCCAGUCCGGCCUGUUCCUUCUCCCCGCACCAAGCCAGUGGUGCGUGUUCCCAGUCCAGCCCGGCCUGUUCCUGCUCCCCGCACCAAGCGAGUGGUGAGCGUCGCCAGCCCGGUCCGGCCUGUUCCUGACCCUCGCACCAAGCCAGUGGUGCGCGUCGCCAGCCCGGUCCGGCCUGUUCCUGUCCCUCGCACCAAGCCAGUGGUGCGCGUCGUCAGCCCGGUCCGGCCCGUUCCUGCUCCCCGCACCAAGCCAGUGGUGCGCGUCGUCAGCCCGGUCCGGCCCGGUCCGGCCCGUUCCUUCUCCCCGCACCAAGCCAGUGGUGCGCGUCGCCAGCCCGGUCCGGCCUGUUCCUGACCCUCGCACCAAGCCAGUGGUGCGCGUCGCCAGCCCGGUCCGGCCUGUUCCUGUCCCUCGCACCAAGCCAGUGGUGCGCGUCGUCAGCCCGGUCCGGCCCGUUCCUGCUCCCCGCACCAAGCCAGUGGUGCGCGUCGUCAGCCCGGUCCGGCCCGUUCCUUCUCCCCGCACCAAGCCAGUGGUGCGCGUCGUCAGCCCGGUCCGGCCCGUUCCUGCUCCCCGCGCCAAGCCAGUGGUGCGUGUGUCCAGUCCGGCACGGCCCGUGCCUGUUCCACCGGUGCCUGCUCCGGCACCGGUCAGCGGAUCCACUCCGGAGCCAGAACAAUCCGCUACACCGGUGUCCAGUCCAGCUCCGGCCAGCGGCUCCAGUCCGGAGCCGGUAAGGUUUGGUCCACCGUCGUCGGGUCCAGCUCCAGUCAGCGGGACCAGACCAGGGGCGCAACGGGGAGGUGGAGAAAAGGUGGUGGUGAACGCGGCCAUGUUUGAGCCUAACGGGGGUUGUGGGUUCCUACUGAAGCCCCCUGUCCUGUGGGACCCCAGCUGCCCACUCUACAGACACUUCUGCCCCCUGGACAGAGACCCAGAAGGCAUGAGCCCCGCCCUGUUCUCUCUCACUGUGAGUACAUAGCAGAAAUAGUAAUGGAUUGGAUGUGUAUAUAUAUAUAUACACAGUUGAAGUCGGAAGUUUACAUACACUUAGGUUAGAGUCAUUAAAACUUGUUUUUCAACCACUCCACAAAUGUAUUGUUAACAAACUAUAGUUUUGGCAAGUCGGUUUGGACAUCUACUUUGUGCAUGACAAAUAAUUUUUCCAACAAUUGUUUACAGACAGAUUAUUUCACUUAUAAUUCACUGUAUCACAAUUCUAGUGGGUCAGAAGUUUACAUACACUAAGUUGACUGUGCCUUUAAACAGCUUGGAAAAUUCCAGAAAAUGAUGUCAUGGCUUUAGAAGCUUCUGACAGGCUAAUUGACAUAAUUUGAUUCAAUUGGAUGUGUACCUGUGGAUGUAUUUCAAGGCCUACCUUCAAACUCAGUGCCUCUGCUUGACAUCAUGGGAAAAUCAAAAGAAAUCAGCCAAGACCUCAGAAUUUUUUUUGUAGAUCUUCACAAGUCUGGUUCAUCCUUGGGAGCAAUUUCCAAAUACCUGAAGGUACCACAUUCAUCUGUACAAACAACAAUAGUACGCAAAUAUAAACACCAUGGGACCACGCAGCCAUCAUACCGCUCAGGAAGGAGACGCGGUCUGUCUCUUAGAGAUGAACGUACUUUGAUGCGAAAAGUGCAAAUCAAUCCCAGAACAACAGCAAAGGACCUUGUGAAGAUGCUGGAGGUGUCACGCCCUGGCUCUGGGGACUCUUAAAUGUUGAGCCAGGGUGUGGAUUUUUCAAUGUUUAGUUUUCUAUGUUUUUUGUUCUAGAUCAUUUAGAUCUAUGUUGGCCAGGGUGGUUCCCAACCAGAGGCAGCUGUAGCUCGUUGUUUCUGAUUGGGGACCAUACUUAGGCAGCCUGUUGGCACCAGUUAGUUUGUGGGAUCUUGUUCCGUAAAGGUUUGUGUUGUUGUAACCUCAGGACUUCACGUAUCGUUCGUUUUGUUGUUUUGUUCGUGUGUUGUGUACUAAAUAAAAUGUACGCUUAUCACGCUGCGCCUUGGUUCCACGAGUCAUCAGUCAACGUUCGUGACAGGAGGAAACAGGUACAAAAGUAUCUAUAUUGUACUUUUUGGAGAGAUUGUACUUUUUGGAGAAAUGUCUACUGGUCUGAUGAAACAAAAAUAGAACUGUUUGGCCAUAAUGACCAUUGUUAUGUUUGAUGGAAAAAGGGGAAGGCUUGCAAGCCGGAGAACACCAUCCCAACCGUGAAGCACAGGGGUGGCAGCAUCAUGCUGUGGGGGUGCUUUGCUGCAGGAGGGUCUGGUGCACUUCACAAAAUAGAUGGCAUCAUGAGGAAGGAAAAUGAUGUGGAUAUAUUGAAGCAACAUCUCAAGACAUCAGUCAGGAAGUUAAAGCUUGAUCGCAAAUGGGUCUUCCAAAUGGACAAUGACCCCAAGCAUACUUCCAAAGUUGUGGCAAAAUGGCUUAAGGACAACAAAGUCAAGGUAUUGGAGUGGCCAUCACAAAGCCCUGACCUCAAUCCAAUAGAACAUUUGUGGGCAGAACUGAAAAGCGUGUGCGAGCAAGGAGGCCUACAAACCUAACUCAGUUACACCAGCUCUGUCAGGAGGAAUGGGCCAAAAUUCACCCAACUUAUUGUGGGAAGCUUGUGGAAGGCUACCUGAAACGUUUGACCCAAGUUAAACAAUUUAAAGGCAAUGCUACCAUUUACUAAUUGAGUGUAUGUAAACUUCUGACCCACUGGGAAUGUGAUGAAAUAAAUAAAGCUGAAAUAAAUCAUUCUCUCUACUAUUAUUCUGACAUUUCACAUUCUUAAAAUAAAGUGGUGAUCCUAACUGACCUAAGACUGGGAAUUCUUACUAGGAUUAAAUGUCAGGAAUUGUGAAAAACUGAGUUUAAAUAUAUUUGGCUAAGGUGUAUGUAAACUUCCGACUUCAACUGUGUAUAUAUACAUACAGUGAGUGUACAAAAAAUUUGAAACACCUUCCUAAUAUUGAGUUGCACCCCCUUUUGCCCUCAGAAACGGCUCAAUUUGUCGGGACGUGGACUCUACAAGGUGUCGAAAGCGUUCCACAGGGAUGCUGGCCCAUGUUGACUCCACUACUUCCUACAGUUGUGUCAAGUUGGCUGGAUGUCCUUUGGGUGGUGGACCAUUUUUAAUACACAUGGGAAACUGUUGAGUGUGAAAAACCCAGCAGUGUUGCAGUUCUUGACACACUCAAACCGCUGUGCCUGGCACCUACUACCAUACCCUGUUCAAAGGCAUUUACAAUUUACAGUGCAUUCGGAAAGUAUUCAGACCCCUUGACUUUUUCCACAUUUUGUUACGUUACAGCCUUAUUCUAAAAUGGAUUAAAGAAAACAUUUUCCUCAUCAAUCUACAUACAAUACCCCAUAAUGACAAAGCGAAAACAGGUUUUUAGAAAUUUUUGCAAAUGUAUUAAAGAUAAAAAACAGAUACCUUAUUUACAUAAGUAUUCAGACCCUUUGCUAUGAGAUUAUGAUCCUUGAUGAAAACCUGCUCCCUAAGCACACAGGCAAGACAACGCAGGAGUGGCUUCAGGACAAAUCUCUGAAUGUCCUUGAGUGGCCCAGCCACCCGAUCGAACAUCUCUGGAGAGACCAGAAAAUAGCAGAUCUGCAGAGAAGAAUGGGAGAAACUCCCCAAAGACAGGUGUGCCAAGCUUGUAGCGUCAUACCCAAGAAGACUCAAGGCUGAAAUCGCUGCCAAAGGUGCUUCAACAAAGUACUGAGUAAAGGGUCUGAAUACUUAUGUAAAUGUAAUAUUUCAAUUUUUCUUUUUUUAUACAAUUGCAAAUAUUUCUAAAAACCUGUUUUUGCUUGUCAUUAUGGGGUAUUGUGUGUAGAUUGAUGAGGGGGGAAAAAACUAUUUCAUCCAUUUUAGAAUAAGGCUGUAACGUAAGAAAAUAUGGAAAAAGUCAAGGGGUCUGAAUACUUUCCGAAUGCACUGUAAAUCUUUUAUUUUGCCCAUUCACUCUCUGAAUGGCACACAUACACAAUCCAUGUCUCAAUUGUCUCAAGGCUUAAAAAUCCUUCUUUAACCUAUCUCCUCCCCUUCAUCUAAACGGAUUGAAGUGGAUUUAACAGGUGACUUCAAUAAGGGAUCAUAGCUUUCACCUAGUCCAUGUCAAGAAAAGAGCAGGUGUUCAUAAUGUUUUGUCCACUCAGUGUACAAUCACAUAAUAACAGUAGUAUACAACAAGUAGCUAGUGAUCCGCAAAAGCAGCAGUGUCAACUGGUUUCCUUUUUUGGUCAGUUCAUCUAAUGUAAAGUUUUUUUUUUAUUGACGUCUUUCUCUCGGUCUCUGUCUCUCUUUUCUCUCUCCCUCCCUCCCUCCCUCCUUCUCUCUAUCUCUUUCCAUUUCUUCCAGAUCAUCUCUGGUCAGAAUGUAUGCCCAGGGACCACAGCAGGCAGUCCUUACAUCGAGGUAGACAUCAUGGGCAUGCAGGCAGACGGGUGCCACUUCCGCACCAAACCCAUCCACCGUAACCCCCUGAACCCCAUAUGGAACCAGAGCUUCCACUUCCCCCUACUCAUGGCUGACCUGGCCUUCCUACGCUUUACUGUGGUGGAACACAACAGCUCCCAGACCACCGCUCAUAGGAUCAUACCACUCAGAGCAUUCAGGACAGGUACAGUAGGCAAACACACAGACGUGCAUGCGCACACUCUGAAAAAACACACAGAGACACACACAUGCUGCAGAAUUUCAUCUCUGACUUAUCUUCCAUGGACUAUUCUCAUUUUAAGCACAGGCACACAUACACAAAGAUUGUGUUUUUGUUAAAAGACUAGAAGACCCAAGCCUGGUACAGCUACAGUCAUUUCAGAUGAAAAAAAACUCAUUACCACAUUAGUGUUGAAAACAAUGCAAUCAUGAUUAAAAGGACUCCAGACAUUCCAAACAUUAACACCUGUAGGUCUAACUGCUGUGGUUAUGGCUAUAGGUGUACAUUCUUUCCAAACAUUAACACUUCUCAAGUGCUUCUGAAUAAGCACCCAAUUCAAACUGAAUGGGCACAUCCCAACUGAAUGGCCACGCACAUGCAAACAAUUAGGUGUGAUGCAUGUAAAUGAGCCGGACCUAUUUGUCGUCACGUGCCCGUUAAUUAAUUAAAUUUAUGGUAAGUUCACUGGGGGGAGGCUUAUGGCCUUACUGUUGAAUGCAAAUGUCGGCCUAUAUGCUGCUAUAAUGAGCCUAAUUCAUGCACAAACUAUUCUGAUUGAAAUGAUCCUUUAUGUUUGUGCAAGGACACAGGAACUGCAAAAACUGUCAGAGCUAUCAACACAUAGUUUUAGAGGGACCUUGAUAUUCCAACAAUACAUUUUGCAAUAGACUUGCAAAUAGCCUAGUUGGUUAAAAAUAUAUAAAAACAUUUUCAUUUUUUAAAAAUAAAUAGGCCACACCUUUCCUCAAAAGCUAUCCUACCAAGAACAAGCUACUACUACUUAACUCAACUGUCAUUCAACCAAUCGAUAGGAAAAAAAAGAAAAUCAGGCACCCAAAACGAGAAGAGCUUUCAAUUUCAAGUCACUUGAAGCACUGACCCUUUCAAUGCCGGGAAGCAGGAUCUAACAUAAUAGCUACAUCUACAAAAUGGAACAAAAGCCUGCAAAAAACAAUUCAUACUGCAUGUGCAUUAAAUAUGAUUCUCACAAGUGCCGAGGUCGCAUGGUCCUCACUGACUGGGGGACCAAUAUAUCCAACGUGUCAGGAGAACACAACCACGACCCGGAUGGAACGGUGACAGGUCAACAGGUGUUGAACACAGAGAGUAAAUGGGAGUUGAAUAACCUGAAGAAGAGGAAUCUGGAGACCGAGGAAAGCACACUGCGUUUUGGAGUCAUCGGUUGUCAGAGACUGUCAGAAACAAACCUGUACACAACGUAAAAAAGUGUGUAGGCCUACAGAAGCACCUGCAAAAGAAGAAGAGGACGCCGCCGGUAUCGGCUGAAACCAUCCCUGAGAGCCAUGGUACGGCAGCAGGUAAAGACUUGGCUGAAACCAUCCCUGAGAGCCAUGGUACGGCAGCAGGUAAAGACGUGGCUGAAACCAUCCCUGAGAGCCAUGGUACGGCAGCAGGUAAAGACGUGGCUGAAACCAUCCCUGAGAGCCAUGGUACGGCAGCAGGUAAAGACGUGGCUGAAACCAUCCCUGAGAUCCAUGGUACGGCAGCAGGUAAAGACGUGGCUGAAACCAUCCCGGAGAGCCAUGGUACGGCAGCAGGUAAAGACGUGGCUGAAACCAUCCCUGAGAGCCAUGGUACGGCAGCAGGUAAAGACUUUGCUGAAACCAUCCCUGAGAGCCAUGGUACGGCAGCAGGUAAAGACGUGGCUGAAACCAUCCCUGAGAGCCAUGGUACGGCAGCAGGUAAAGACUUGGCUGAAACCAUCCCUGAGAGCCAUGGUACGGCAGCAGGUAAAGACGUGGCUGAAACCAUCCCUGAGAGCCAUGGUACGGCAGCAGGUAAAGACGUGGCUGAAACCAUCCCUGAGAGCCAUGGUACGGCAGCAGGUAAAGACGUGGCUGAACCUGCAACUCUCCCCGACCCUGUCAUCCCUGAGGCGGGGGUCACAGAUGGGGAGACCCGACAGCGUCUGAACCCGCAACCGUCUCCGAUUUCGACCUACCUGCAAUCCUCUCCAACCUGGCCAAUAAUACCUGAGAUCUACCAUAGCACCACGCGUGAAUAAGGCCGUGAACACCAUUUCCUCCAGCACGACAGUGGACCAGGACAGAUUUGGGAUCUUCACCAUGAAACCCCACUUAGAAUUCCUGCGGGCAUGCAAUCAUUUGUUUGCAGAUGGAUCAUUCAAGAAGAUUCCAUCUUUGUGCCAGCAGGUAUACACCAUUUACAGGAUGCACAGAAAGAUGCACCCCACCCGCGGGAUGGAGUCAAUGGUUUAUGCAGCAGCCUAUAUUGUUAUGACAGAUAAGUCUGAGGUAUGUACCAACAAUAUAAUUGAUUUAGCCUAAUUAUAAAUGUUUUUUUAUUUUUUAUUAUAUUGUUGGCCUGUUUUCAGUUUAUUGAUUUAAAUGUUUUAUUGUUGUAGGUCUAUAUUCAGAUUUUAGCUGCCAUAGGCCUACACAUGAAAUAAAACUAGAACAAAAUUUCAAUUAUUACUUUAGUCUAAUAAAGUGUCCAUUUACAAAAUAGGGGAAAAACACCUUGAGGUGAACAUGCCAUCUAAUAUUAUGUUUAUAUUUUUUAGCAAACAUCUUGUUGCAACACAUAUACUCAUGCUGAAGAGCCUGCGACCCAUCACGUCCAGAUGCUGUACACGCCCGCAUUUGUCCCACCGGCUGACGUGGUGAAGUGUUUCAAGGAAAUGAAGGAAACUGCAUUCUUUCAGGACCCGGAGCUGUCCAUCUUCCUGGAGAACUUUGAGAAGACAUGGAUUGGCACUGGAGACAAAGCACCGGAAUUUAACAUGGGUAUGCCGUUAAAAACAGUAGCUUAGGCCUAUUAGGCUACGAUUAUGGUUUAUUUUUAUUUUGUUUUUUUUAUUAAUUAUUAGGCCAUAGCAUUGAUGACAAUGGGGCAAAUAAUUACAUUUCUAACAUGUUGAUAUAUUUUUAUUUUAGAAAUGUGGAACUACUAUGAUGCUGUCCUACAAGACAUCUGGAAGACCAACAGCGUAGUGAAGGCCUGGUAUCGGUCACUUGGGUUCUUUUUUGAGAAGACCAGACAACUCACGAUCUGGGAGUUCAUCAACACCUUGCGACACCUCAUUACCAAAUUGUGGCCUAAAUGUUCUUGACACAGCGUCUAAUUGUGUUUUUAAUAAAGACCCUUCUUUUUUUGUUAUUUUCUCAUUUUGAUGCCAACUUUUUUGUUAAAUCAGGCUAUUUGUAAAUAAAAGUUUCAUUGUGAAUCAUCGGCUUGCUUCAUUCAUUCUUGAGAGAUGCACAAAAAGCAUUUGACACACACACUUGGAGACUGUUGUGCUUUCGCAUUGAGGAACAUUUGGUACUCCAGUCCUGUCACGUUGGUUCCCACACUACUCUGAGACCAGACAUUAAAUCUCUCUGUCACAUCAGGCCAAUGAUUGGCAGUUUGGCUCAGCUAACGGAUUCUUUACAUAUUUUUCCCGCUGUCCAAUAAAACGGUCUGUGUUGAAAUCAUUCCUAUACUUUACAGAAAAAAACGAAGAUAAAGAUAACUGUUAAAAUUUGAUUAGCUAAUUGAAUUCAAACAGAACUGUAGAAAUUCUAUUCCCAUAUUAAGUUCAUUUUAAAAGAGAGAGCAGGGUUCUAAAAACAAAUAGAAGAAAGCCAGUAAUGAUGUCAAAUAAGAGUUAUAUUCCCAGUCAAAUUAUAUUCCCAGUACUAACAGUGGCAAUUAUUUCAAAACCGUGUGUGGCAGGAUACAGACAUGUGCAGCUGAGGAAUCAGCACAACGAUGCCCUGCCAGUCUCUAGUCUGUUCAUCUACAGCCGUAGAACUGAAGACAGUGGAGCAGCAGGUUCACAGCCUGCAUCACGGGUGAGUGUAUAGUGUGUAGUGUACAGUAUAUAGUGUGUAGGGAGUGUGUCUAGUAAGUGAAUGUGUAGUGCAGGUUCUCUCCUACUACUGUCCUGGACAGCAACUCGGUCAGUCUGCAGGAUUUUGAUUCAGCCCUGCAGUACCCCUAAACCCAUGCUGUGUGUGUGUGUGUGUGUCCCAGCUCUUCAGUACAGAGGAGCGUAGGGCUGCUGUGCAGUACAGGGUCACCGUACACGGAGUCCCUGGGCCUGAGCCUUUCAUAGUGGUGGGUGUGAGUGAGAGGACCACUGCCAGACAGCUCCUACACAAUGUGAGUGAGCAUUGCAUCUUCCCACUUCACCACAUACUGUACCUACUGAACCUCCACAUUCUACACAUUUGGGAAACUCCAUUUUAUCUGAAACUCUUAUGGGAAUGCAUUUUUGAGGGGGGGAGGGGUACAGAUGAUCUGGAUCUUGGAGAUUCAUUUCAGCAGUGCAACUGUAACAAUAUAAUGCUUUAUCUCUCUCCCACCUAGAUCCAUCCAUCCCUCUCCUCCUCCACUCGGUUCUCCCUCUCUUCUUGCUUCCUGAUGGAAGAGAGGGUGGCAUUGCCCCGGGAGAGGGGGGAGACUAGGGGUGAGAGGGGGGAUGCUCGAAAGCCUCUCCUACAGAGGACCAUCAGGCCUGAGGAGGAGAUACUCAGGGUCAUUCAGAGCUGGAACCCUGACGAAGGCUACCUGGGCAGAGUGUGCCUCAAAACGAGAGAAAAGGUCUGGUUGUAUUCUUACCUACUCAAAAUCCCUGUUCCGUUCUCGUUUUCCCAUUUUGUUGCUUCAGAGUCUGGAAUUCUAAUAAUAUUGGGAAUUUUUGUAUUUUAUCUACUCAACCUGUUCAACCCCCAAAACUGCUCUGGGGGCAUUGAACUGCAGCUGACCCUGUUCCUUUCAAUGUCUGUGUGGAAUUCACCAAUUAUGCCAUUCUUUGCCGUUAUGAGUUAUACUGUUACUGAUGUCUGUAAAAAACACUACCUUUAACCAUAAGUUUACUCUUCACCUUUGUUUUAGCCUGUGAACGAAGGGAAGACAGUUAUAGAGAAGAUGGAGGUAAGCUGUGGACUGGAGGAUGAUUCAUUCCUGGUGGAAGUACAUGGAGUGUCUCCUGACCAAUCACAGAUGACCCUCAGAGCUCCCAGACACAUCACAGCCAAUGACCUCAUCCAACAGGUAUGGGAGUCAGGCACGCUCUUGAUAUGGUUUAGAUAUUCAGUGUGAUUAUAGAAUCAAGUGGACUGUCAGUCCUUGCAUCAGUCUAUGAAGCUCAGUCUAUGAAUUUGGGAGUGGUUACAUUUCCCUAACCCCAUCCCUUAGCUUAACAAAGUUGCAGGGGCAGGCUGUUGAAAUUACAGAUCAUGCCUUUAACUGUGUACCCGAUGUCCAUUUCACUUGCAGACACUGAGGAAAGCCAGACAGUCCAGCCUCCUGCUGUCAGCGGGCAACGUCAGCGACUACAUUCUGAUAGAGGAGGUGGUCAAGGAACCCCUGGGGCGCAGGCUCCCUGCCAAACCCACCCAGAGGACACUCCUGGACCAGGAGUGUAUAUUCCAGGCCCAGGGGAGGUGGAGGGGUCAGGGGAAGUUCAUUCUCAGACUCAGGGAGCAGGCUCAGGGAAAGGAGGUGAGGAUACAGUGGGGAAAAAAAGUAUUUAGUCAGCCACCAAUUGUGCAAGUUCUCCCACUUAAAAAGAUGAGAGAGGCCUGUAAUUUAAAGAAAAUCACAUUGUAGGAUUUUUUAUGAAUUUAUUUGCAAAUUAUGGUGGAAAAUAAGUAUUUGGUCAAUAACAAAAGUUUCUCAAUACUUUGUUAUAUACCCUUUGUUGGCAAUGACACAGGUCAAACGUUUUCUGUAAGUCUUCACAAGGUUUUCACACACUGUUGCUGGUAUUUUGGCCCAUUCUUCCAUGCAGAUCUCUUCUAGAGCAGUGAUGUUUUGGGGCUGUCGCUGGAAACACGGACUUUCAACUCCCUCCAAAGAUUUUCUAUGGGGUUGAGAUCUGGAGACUGGCUAGGCCACUCCAGGACCUUGAAAUGCUUCUUACGAAGCCACUCCUUCGUUGCCCUGGCGGUGUGUUUGGGAUCAUUGUCAUGCUGAAAGACCCAGCCACGUUUAAUCUUCAAUGCCCUUGCUGAUGAAAGGAGGUUUUCACUCAAAAUCUCACGAUACAUGGCCCCAUUCAUUCUUUCCUUUACACAGAUUAGUCGUCCUGGUCCCUUUACAGAAAAACAGCCCCAAAGCAUGAUGUUUCCACCCCCAUGCUUCACAGUAGGUAUGGUGUUCUUUGGAUGCAACUCAGCAUUCUUUGUCCUCCAAACACGACGAGUUGAGUUUUUACCAAAAAGUUAUAUUUUGGUUUCAUCUGACCAUAUGACAUUCUCCCAAUCCUCUUCUGGAUCAUCCAAAUGCACUCUAGCAAACUUCAGACGGGCCUGGACAUGUACUGGCUUAAGCAGGGGGACACGUCUGGCACUGCAGGAUUUGAGUCCCUGGCGGCGUAGUGUGUUACUGAUGGUAAGCUUUGUUACUUUGGUCCCAGCUCUCUGCAGGUCACUCACUAGGUCCCCCCGUGUGGUUCUGGGAUUUUUGCUCACCGUUCUUGUGAUCAUUUUGACCCCACGGGGUGAGAUCUUGCGUGGAGCCCCAGAUCGAGGGAGAUUAUCAGUGGUCUUGUAUGUCUUCCAUUUCCUAAUAAUUGCUCCCACAGUUGUUUUCUUCAAACCAAGCUGCUUACCUAUUGCAGAUUCAGUCUUCCCAGCCUGGUGCAGGUCUACAAUUUUGUUUCUGGUGUCCUUUGACAGUUCUUUGGUCUUGGCCAUAGUGGAGUUUGGAGUGUGACUGUUUGAGGUUGUGGACAGGUGUCUUUUAUACUGAUAACAAGUUCCAACAGGUGCCAUUAAUACAGGUAACGAGUGGAGGACAGAGGAGCCUCUUAAAGAAGAAGUUACAGGUCUGUGAGAGCCAGAACUCUUGCUUGUUUGUAGGUGACCAAAUACUUAUUUUCCACCAUAAUUUGUAAAUAAAUUCAUUAAAAAUCCUACAAUGUGAUUUUCUGGAUUUUUUUCCCUCAAUUUGUCUGUCAUAGUUGAUUUGUCUGUCAUAGUUGUACCUAUGAUGAAAAUUACAGGCCUCUCUCGUCUUUUUAAGUGGGAGAACUUGCACAAUUGGUGGCUGACUAAAUACUUUUUUCCCCCACUGUAUAUGAUGAGGAUAUAAGUGAUUGUGUGUGUGUGUGUGUGUGUGUGAUACUUCAGGUGUUAUUAGAUUUCCUGCAUGGGCCACAUCUAUUGAUUUUGUCAGUAACUGUAAAUAUGUUUCGGUAAAAAUGUUUGCUGUGUUUACAAUGGCAAGACCAGCCCAACCAAAAUAACAUUUUGCAAAUGUCUCAAUCUAACAAAUCCCACUAUUUUGUAAUGACCGAUAUUGGGGUUAUUUCUCUGGAGUAACUAGCCAUAACUGAUGGAUUUAAUUACCUCAGACAGCUCAGCGUGAGGACUGUGUCAGACCAGUUCGCGAGGAUCGGAGGAAAGGAAUAUCUUUGGCGAGCGAGCUGAAACGACUGACAGGCCGGAGCCGGGCGGUAUGGAUCGGGGCUCACGCCUGCUCUGAGGUGGUGCACAGCAAGGACGAGAGGGCAGCGUGCUGUCUUCAUCUGAGCGAGACCAGAGAGUGA